GCUCAGUGGAGGAUUGCUGGUAGUAUUCUGAGACGCAGGAUCCUGUAACAGGGUAAAUAUGAGUGAUAGUGGAGUGUGUGCAUUUUUGUUUCUAAAUAUAUAUAUAUUUUUGCUAUACUUACAACCAGGCAAAUGUAAUCUUAGAGAUGAAGAGCAGGAUAUGAAAAAGAGUUAAAAAAUAAAAUAAAAACGUGAAAGGGUAUUAUUAUUAUGGACUAUAUUGUAUUUUAUAAGGGAAAAUAUUUUAUUUACUGAAAGAACUAUAAGCUUUAUGCAAAUAAUAUUGUUGGUAGAAAAAUACAUAUUUUAUUUCCAUUCCAUUACAUACGAUCUCAGCCACAGAUGAUUACUGGAUCACAUACGAUCUCAGCUAUAGAUGAUUACUAGUUAAACUUUGUAGCUCACUUUUAAAAUAAGUGGUGAGAAUAUUAAUGACAGGCAGAAUUUAAAUAUAAAAAUUUAGAUUGUGAGUUGAUAUAUAUGAUUUAGGUUUGAUGUACCUUACUAAAUGUCUUAUUCUGCGCCAUUAUUUUAAGUCUGUAUUAGAAUGGGUCAAAUACUAGCAGUUUUAGGGGUAUACAUACAGUAAGGAACCCUCAAAAAUAUAUAUUUUUUAAAUGGGAAGGAGAAAACAUGGCUGCCUGCAUAUUUGGAAAAUGAGAAAAAAAUUGUGACCUCACCUAUUUGUUUUCAGUAAAGAGUAAAAAAAAAAAGGAGUGCAAAGAAACAAUAGUAAAUAACCAUACUCCCCAAUUAUUGCAGGAGAACACCCAGGAGGUGAUUAAAACAUCAUAAAAAAACAAUCCAACAAGGCGCAUGCACAGGGAGAAGACAAAUAUAGUGAAGUAUGGUAUUGCUAAUGAUAAAUAAACCCAUGGACAUGCUAAUGUAUAGACAUUAAAGUCAAAAUAAAUAACCUGCUGGUUGUAACUUCGGCAGUAUAAUCACAUCCAGACUUUCAAUAAAAGCUUAAAAACCCUACAGAUGCAUGUGUCACUUGGGGUAACCCAACAUCUCACACAAGAUAAUACCAAAGACUAUACACUAAUUACAGAGAGUCCAUGGAAGUCCAUGGAGAGAGUCCAUGGAAGUUCUAAUGGGUCCCUUGUGAACUUGUAAUCACCUCAGUAUAGGAUUUUUCUUUUUUUUUUUUGUCUUAUACUUAAAGCAGCACUGUCAUGCCGAACUUACCUUUCCUCAAUCUCUUCCUCUUCUCCCCCUCUCUCAGGGUCUGUUCUUCUUUUCUUCCUGUCUUCUUUAGGUUUCUUUAAAAUCAUAAGACAAAGUAGGGAUUCUUUGCCUUAUGGAGGAUUCCUCCGCUUGACCAGCUCUGACCAGCAGAGGAGCAAAGUGUGUUUCAUUUCCGCUGGUCAGAGCAAUUUUCCCAUGAUCCUUACCUUUCCUCUGUGUUCCCGCGAUGCUUCCUGUCACUUUACACGAAACUGCCGAAUUGCGUUCUAACCGAAUGAGAACAGUAUGUUCGUUUCUUUUAGAACUCAAUUCGGCAUUUUGUUCGGAUCGCAAUUUCAUUCGAAUGAAUGAAACUCUGAUCCUAUUCAUUGCCGCAGCUGCAUCUUGCAGCCGCUUAGUAGAUAACUCCCUAAUUUCCAAGGUAUCAGAGUUAUCUACUAAAAGGCUGAAAGACCUAAAUUGGUCUUUCAGCCACAUUUACUGAUACUAAGUAAAGGUUACUUAGUAUUAGUAAAUAAUAUGCCCCUACUCGCUAUACCGCGAGUAGGGGCAUGUCUGGUAAACAGUGAGCAGCCUGUGGCUCUGUGUCAUUUUACACAGCGUGGGAAAAUUCUUUUGAAUUUUCCUACGCUGUGUAAAAUGACACAGAGCACUCUGAUUGGCUGAUUGGCUUAAAUCAGAGUGUUCUUAGCCUAAUUGCAGGGCGGGGCAAGGCUUUAUAAGCCUUCCCCUGCCCUGCGGAGCUCAGUCUGCGCGGAGCCCUCCAUGAGUGAAGAUGGAUUUUUUUUUGCGCUCGGGUUUUUUCUUUUUCGUCUGUUUUUUUUUUUUUGCGCUCAGGAUUUUUAUUUUAUUUUAAAUUCGACGGUUAUGAUGGUUUUUUAUUUGGCCUUUUUUGUGGCUGAAAAAUUAAGAUUUGAGAAAAAAGAAGACGUCGAAUGGUAAGUUUAAUUUUAUUUUACAGGUUAGUUAUUUUAUUCCCCCCUCACUAUUUUUUAGGGUGAGGGGGGUAGGUAGGGACUUUUUAUUUGGGUUGGGGGGUGGGUGACUAGGGGCUUGGGGACCCCUAGUCACCUUGGGGGGGGGGGAAUGACUUAGGGCCCCCCACACGCCGCCCAGGGGUGGGGGCCGGAGGGGGUGGACAGUAGGUCCCCCCCUCAUUAUCAUUAUGGUCCCCACCUGCCGGGCAGGGGUAGGGGGCCGGGGGGGGAGCCCCCCUCAUUAUCAUUAUGGCCCCCACCCGCCGCGCAGGGGUGGGGGUCAGGGGGGAGGACAGUAGGUGUCCCCCCCUCAUUAUCUUUAUGGCCCCCACCCGUGCCCAGGGGUGGGGACCGGAGGGGGGGCAGUAGGUCCCCCCCUCAUUAUCAUUAUGGCCCCCACCCGCCGCCCAGGGGUGGGGGCCGGGCGGGCAGUAGGUCCCCCCCCUCAUUAUCAUUAUGGGUCUCCCCCCUUAUUUUAUUUUAGGGCCCCCACCCGUUGAUUUUAAUCUCCCUUAUGCUAUUAUGGGGAUCAUAUUGACCCCCAUAGAGUGAGGAGGUACAUGGGGGGGUUUAGGAAGUGUCGGGGAGCAUAGCUCCCUGCUACUUCUAUCUUUACAUAUUACAAGGAGAGAGCUGUAUGCCGGUAGCUCCCUCCUUGUAAUAAACUGAGCGAACAAACAAACACAGAUACACAGUGUUUGUAUGUUCGGCUGACAUUUCUAGUCAUUCGUCUUUCUGAUGAAUGAAUGAAUAGAUGAAAUUCCCGUUCGCAUGUCCAGGUGUUUCACAGGGCAUGUGCGGGAAUCUCACAGGCUAUCUAAUGUGGGCAGAUGACGUGUCCCACAGGGACUUCAUCUACCCACACAAAGAUGGCGGCGCCCUGAAUAUAGAUCGGGGCAGAAAAUAAGGAAUAAAAAAUAGGUAAUGUGGGAGGCUUAGGGGCAUUUGGGGGUGACUAGGGUGUCAAUUAGAUGUAGUGAAGGCAGGAGGGGGGUUUAAAAAAAACCAAAAAUAAAAAAGGAUUCGGCAUCACAGUGCCGCUUUAAUUAAAGUGAACAUGUCUUGGCAAGUUCACUUUAAAUGCCAACAGCUACUUACGCAAAGAACAUGUAAUUUAUUAGACAAUAGUGACAUUGAAAUAUUUUAACACCACCCCCUACCAGAUUGGGUCUACUUGGGGAGCACAAUGCAAUCAGUGACUGUCCCUCUUUUCUUACAUUGCCCUAUAUAAGUAUUCACACAGAACCUCUGACAGCUUUACAUUAUGCAAUGCUACAACUUGGAAUUAAAAUAGAUGUUUUUUUUUGUUUUUACUGUUAGGUUAUACAUCCUAACUUACACUUAACACGGGCACAAUAUAUAUAUAUAUAUAUAUAUAUAUAUAUAAUUAUUAUUUUUUUUUUUUUUUUACAGAGACACAUGAAAACAGACUUAGAAAUAGAGCUGUUUUUCAGCAGUUAAAACUGUGAGCCUUAUUGGGUUUAAAGGACAACUUUCAACUCAAAACUGUUUUUUUCUAUGUAAUAACUAAUCUAUAUAUAUAUUUAGAAAUUCAUCCCUACCCUUAGUAUAUGACAGGACCAUUCAGCUAUAUAUUGGAUCGGACAGUGUUUGAAAUCUGACUGUUUGUAUAUAUGGUUUUGUCUCCCAAUUUCCUUUUGGAAAACUCCAAAUGUAAUUUACCGUAAUUAGGAUUUUUUUUUUAGCAAUGGCUUAGUUCUCACCACUUGUUCACAAACUCAGCUUUGUGGAAAUCCUGGAUGAAAUCACUGUGUAUCUCGUCAGCUUCUUUUUGUGCUUGAGAAAAGAGAGUUAUAAAGUGUGUGAUAAAGGCACUAAAUUAUAAUAGCCAGCUGCUACAAACCUCUGUGUGACCAAUUUUUGAAAAUGUUCAACACUGCAGAUUCACCACCCUAACAAAUGUGAAUUAUGUGUUCAAAAAAUAUAACCAAUACUAUAACCAUAUGUAAUGCCUGUUGUAUUUUGGUUAUUUUCGUGGAAGACCCUGCAUACAUAAAAGAAAAAAAAACCAAAUACAAACAGUAAAAGGCCAAACAUUAUAACGUUAUCCAAAUACUUAUAAAUACCUACUUAUAUAAAGAUUGAGUUAGCAUUUAGAUAAUAAUUAGAUUUUUUUUAUUGUUGUAAGUAGACUUUAUUCCACUAUUUCUUUUUUCUCUGUCAGAUUUGACUUUGGCCUCUUAUUUUUCCAAAUAAUUUGCCCCUUACCCAUUGGUGAGUUUUGGUGAAUGACAUUCUAUAGGUAGAGUAGUAGUUUUACACAUCUAUUUCUAUUUUCCAAAAAUGAAUUUAACAAUGCUCCUUGGUCUUCAUGAUGCUCUUUGUUUAUAUAUACACUCUACAAUAAACUCAGAGACCUUCCAGAAACAGGUGUAUUUAUUUUGAGAUCAUAUUACACUUUAAAUGGUUAUGGCACCUGGACACAGUUCACUGGUAAAUUAAUUAACAUUGAAUGGUUUAACACUGAAUGAGUCUCCACGGAUGGCCGCCACCUAGUCCCUCUCUGUUGCUCAGGCUAAUGCUUCCACAUUACAAUGGGCAGCAGUGAUAAGCCAAGAUAGUAUAAUGAGCAUUGGCUAAUGCAAUGCUACUUUUCAUCUUAGUCAUACCUCCAGCAGGUUGAGACACGGGCAACAGGGACCUUCAUUCAGUGCUAACGUGUUCAAAUUAGUUUAACACUGAAAAGUGGGGUGGUGCCAGGGGAUUCCAGACACCAUAUCCACUUAAGUGAUAUAACAUGGUUAUAGUGCCUAGAAUGUCCACACAGGUUCAACUAAUUAUAAAUCUGGAAGGUAAUUUAGUUGCACAGAGGUUCAACUAAUUAUAUGCAACAGAGCUUAUCUAGCAGUUAGGAUGUAUGCCAGUAAAUCAAAUUCUAAAAAUCCCAGUAAAAUCCAUUUUAAUUCCACAUCUGAGGUGUGAUUACAUGUACAAGCCAUUGUGUUAGGAGAGACAAUUUUUAAGUAAUCUGCUAUCACAAUGUAUAGAUAAAAUGUUACACACUUUAGUUUGAACAUAAGUUACAUAAAAAACAUUUACUAUUUUAGAAUGGCUUAAUUUCUUACAUGGGGUCUAUCCCUGUCUCUACUAUUUCCGACAGAGAGCUUUAAGACCUUCUGAGCUACAUGCAGCAGUGCAGAGCUUCUCUCAUUGGCUGAGAGCGAUUUGCCCAAUAAGCUAGCCUUGCAUUGCAAGGCUUAGCUCAGGAGAGCUUCCAGCUCUCUGUUACUAGUAGUAGAGAUGGGGAGUGAUUGCAAGCAGACCUCAGCUAACAAGUCAAACCGUUUUAAAAUGCACUGUAGUAGUUAUGGUGCUUGGAGAGUUCAUUGAGUGAGUUCAGUUUGACAUAUUGCAUUCUACUCUGUUUCUCCCUGAGGGAAUCCCAUCAUUCUUGUGUUGUAACUAACAACAUAGCAUUUUUUUAAGUUGAUGUGGCCAUAGAGCCAAAUUGUGAGUGAAAUUAACACCAUUUGGCAUAUCACAAAUUGUUAUAUCUAAAUUUGCCACGUUGUAUGCUAUGAAUUUGAAUGCUAUGAAUUUCACAUUCUUUAUUGUAAAUACUAUAUAUGUUUUAGUGCAGGAGUAGGCAACCUACAUUGCAACUGAAUUCUUGCACUAUAAAUUUGUAUUUAUGCUCUUAAAUAUACUUAUUUCACUUUAUUCAACUUAUCUCACAGCACCAAAAGCCACUUUAUUCAUCUCACUUCUUUGUCCUGGCACAAUUUUUGUCCUUCACUAACCUCCACAACAUGUGACAAACUCUUCUUCCUUGCUCUUACUGAACCUUGUGACUAUUUCUUCUACUGUAAGAUUGUUAUCCCCACUGACUGAUUUGGAUAUUUCUGCUCUUCCUUUUGAUCAUCCCUCUAGGUUUUUACUGUGAGCUGGUUUGAACAGGGCCCUUGUUAUUUCUUUUUCCUAAAUGUUGUCAUUUCUUAUAUAUGUUGUAUAUCUGUAGUACAUAGCUGCAGUAUCUGUUGGUGAUUAAUAUAUUAUUAAUAUCAGUGCUCUCUUUAAUGCUGUUUGGGAUCUAUGUAAUUUCCCCCUCACAUUACAUUUGAGUACAACUUACACUAAUAAAACAUAGAUGAUGAGAUCAGUUAACAGCAGCACUAUAGAAAUUAAGAACAUAUUUCUUAAUAGGCCUACAGCAGCUGAAAAGCUGGUUGUCAAAAGGGAAGAGUUAAAGGGACACUAUAGUCACCCAGACCACUUCAGCUCAGUGAAGUGGUCUGGGUGCCAGGUCCCUCACAUUUUAACCCUUUAGAUGUAAACAUAGCAGUUUCAGAGAAACUGCUAUGUUUACAUUAGGGGUUAAGCCAACCUCUAGUGGCUGUCUUCCUGACAGCCGCUAGAGGUGCAUCUGCAACGCUGUAUGCAAAUUUCACAUCAAUCGCCCAGAGCGUCCAUAGGAAAGCAUUGAGAAAUGCUUUCCUAUGGACUUUUAGAAUAUGCGCGCGCGGCUCUUGCCGUGCAUGCGCAUUACACUCCACUCGGAAGCUGAUAUCGGCGGGGGAGGAGAGGUCACUGCUGGUAAGGUAAGCUGCUGAAGCGCUUUUAACCCCUACAGCACCACGGGAGGGGGACUCUCAGGGUGGGGGCACCCUCAGGGCACAAUAGUGUCAGGAAAACAACUUUGUUUUCCUGACACUAUAGUGUUCCUUUAAUAUGUCAAAGGAGAAAGAAAAAGAAGCUAUACAGGAAGGGAAGGGGGGAGACAAAUGAGGGUAAAUAAAGAGUGUGGCAAAGGGAAUAGAAAUUUUGAGAUUGAUGGAGAUAUCAUGGGGAGAAAAAGACUGGAAGAUCGAAAAAUGGAGAGGGGAAAAGCAGCAGAAGGGAGGAAAUGGGCUUGGCAAGAAAGAAGAAAAAUCUCACAGGCUGGGACCUUACUUAUAAUCUUACUUGGUUAUUUUGGACAAAAUGGAUCAUUGUGUACAAGAUAUGGGCCCUUGGUAGCCCAUGUGUAAUGGGCAGUUGUCUCUUUUUGUUAGUGAUAAAGAAGACUACUAUAAUAUGUAGAAAGUAGAAUUAUUACAACCACAUACUUGGUUUUUAACAGAUUUACUAUGCUUCAAAGAAACAGUAAUAUUGUUACAUAACGGUUCUUGUUUUUAUAACUCUUGCUAUGCAAUCUAGAUUAGGUCAAGUGUCAGCCACUGCACGUUACAAUGUCUAUGACUCAGACCUGGCAGUCUAAUGAUGCACGACUGAAUACCCUUGCUCGUCACAAGGAGGACCUUCUGUUACACUGGAAUAGGUAGGUCAGUACAAAAGUGCACCAAGCAUUUUACUGAGUAAUGACAUUUUCUGUAAAAUAAUACAACUGCAAAUAUACAGUAUAACUGACCCUUAUAUAUAGUAAAGAUUUAUAUAUGUUUUACCAUCUUUUUUUUCUGUUGUGUUCCAUCUCAUCAAUGGGUCUAUGUCACUGAUCUUUCCAUGUUAUAGAUCUUCCUUUUUUUCUUGUUUUUCCAUAUUGUAUAUGUCUCUUCUUUACAUCUGUCUUUCUCUGCCUUUUGCUGUAUUUUAUACCUUUAUCUUGGAUUCUGUCUCUGAGUCAUACUGUAAUGGACUCAUUUUUACCACUGUAUAACUACCUGUUUCUCAUAUAUCUCUUCCAGUACUCUCCCAAUUUUACUUCAGCUUGGCCAUUGUAACGGCAUUAUUACUUCCCUUUUUCUGUGUGAAAUUUAACCUUCUGUUUAUCUGCCUUCUUUUCCCUGAGCCCCUAUAUUAGGUUUAUUUACUUCUGAGUCCCUUUACAUCUCUGAUUUGCUCCUUAUGACUGCAUUUGCAUCCCCAUUAGGCCUGUUGUCGCUCCCUGUGACGGUGCAUCCCCCUUAAGUCCUGGGUAUCUGUUCCCCUUCCAUGACUGCUUCUACCAUCCCAACUCCUUUUUAUUUUACCUGUUUUUUUUUUUUUUUUAAAUCUCAAAUUUUUAUUUUACCUUACUUUAUUUUUCUUAUGUUUGAGAUUUUUGGUUUCUCUGUAUCUCUAACUGUAAACAACCAUUAGUAAUUAACCUGGACUCAACCUUAGCAUUAUCAUUGCUUAUUUAGAGUAGAACUGUCACCACUGAAUAAAACAUUUUGUUUAGAAAUGUAACUCGUGUUAACAUUUUUCUUGUGGUGCUUAGUUUUCUUUUAAAAUGUUAUUAAAGAUUUAAGCUAAGAUAUCACAAUCCUGUUCAGGCACAUACAGGGCACACAAUGCUAAUGAGGUGGAGACUAAAACAUUGUUUAAGAUUCUGUCUUCCACUAUCUAUGUUCAAUGUCAGAAAAGGGCAACAUUUAGAACAGUGAUUAACAGGAUGCCAAGAUGGAGAUGCCCAUUUCUAGGAUGGAUGUGUUGAUUUCUACAUAUAAUUUUAUUUUGCAGAAUUGACAGAAAACCUGCUUGCUAAAUAUAAGUGAUAAGUAAAGGAGACAAUACAAAUCCUGAGUUGUGACUGUUGCAAAUUUGGAAACUUGCUAAAGUGGUCCAGGAUCUAAAAUGUUAAAGAAUAAAACUUAUGUUAAACAAUAAUGUUUUUACAUGUGCACCAAUAUUUUAUGCUUAUCAUUUGAGGAGGGUGUGCAUAUGAAUAUCUUAUACAAAGGUCACACAAAAUAAAAGGCCUUCAUGUAACUGUUAUUUACAUUUUUUUUUCCUAUAACAUCUCAUAUUACCCAUCCCAAUUAUGUUAUUAAUCAAUAUAACCCAAGUAAUAGCAUUUUAAUAAUAUAUUCCCAUAUAACACCACUCUAUAUUUUUUCUGCCAUUAGUUUUGUAUAAUCUACCAAGUCUUUCAAUUGUUUACUCAUAGCAAUGCAUCUCAUUGAUAUACCCAAGGCUCCCAUAUAAAAUAUGUUAAUGUUAAUAUAUGCCGUAAAUGUAAACUCUUCUUUUUGAUGUAACUUCAGACUGUAAUGUUGGUUUGUAUUACAUAAUAGCCAUUUUUUUUUGUUAUAGUUUUAACACCUGUACAAUCUCUUUAUUUUUUAACCUCAAUUAUUUUUUUAAAAUGCUUGUUCACAAUCUCCAGGGCUAAUCACAUUUAGAAGUCAUGUUGUAAAAUAUAAAUAACAGUACCCAGAUUGACAAUUACAGUUAUUAUUUGGUGCUGGGUACACAUUAUUUUGUAUUAUUGUCAUUUAAUUAUAGCCUAUUAAUCACAGAUCCCGACAGAGUACAAUAGCACUAUAAUGAGACGUGACCCUUAAUAACAAGCAUUCUAAAUGCCAGGAUGCUGCAAAAACCUGUUAUUAUCGUGUCAAUCUCUUAUUUCCCUUGCAACCCCCAUCUUCUUCACAGCACAAAGAAGCAGCAGCUAGCAAAUUGAUCUCAGCCCUAAACAGUUUAUGAGGUGACAAAAUGCAGCAUCCUCAAUUUAAAAAAUAUAUAUUAGGUACCAUUAAUAUAAUGAAUGAAUAUUACAAUGGCUUGAAGUAAUAUUCUACAAUUCUUAACUAGAACAAAUCUGGCUUUCCGUAGCUGUAAUAUUAAAAUAUAAAAUGCAUCCAAUAUAUAAAAGUCAACACAUACGAAUACUAUAAUGUUAGGAAUACAGAUUUGUAAUUGCAAAACAUUCAAACAAAACAAAAUUAGAACGUUAAAUACCUUUUUAAAUAUUCCUUGGGGUUCUGCUUUGUGAGUCUGCCUACCAGGUACAGAAUCCACUCACUCACAUAAUGAUGACAUCUUAAUACAGGAAGUCAACCAUUAUAAUAAAAUAAAAAUCAAAUACAGAAAUAAAGAUACAUUUAAGUGAAUUCAGUGAUUAUAUCAUAAUACAUAUAUAUAUUUAUAUUUGUUUUAUUCAAAAGAAAAUUGUACAAAUAAUAAGCAAACACUGAUGACAUCAUCGUGUCUCACAGGUCACAUAAUCAAAAGAGUAAGGGAAGAGGUAAAAAAAAGAAUGGAAAAAAUAGUAAAAAAUCAGUUAUUCUAAGUAUAGGGAAUAGAAUAUGAGAUUAUAAAGAAAACUGGCCAAACAAAAACACUUGAAAACAAGUGAUGACAUAAUUGCAAUCAAGACCAACUUAGGUCAAACAGAUUUCCAGAAGAGCAAAGUAGACACUUAUGCUUCAGAGAGGAGAACCCUCCUCCUACUAACACAAUUGAACCAGACCUCCCAAUUGUCCUUGUUUUGGCAGGACAGUCCCAAUUUUAGGGACACCAGUGAACCGUCUCUAAAAAGCAUAGUGCAAGAUGCACUUGCACUAUGUUCAGGGCUUUAGAACCCUGCAGAGAAAAGCACAGAUGUGCAUUCAUACUAGCCUAACCUGAUAAACCACCAGACAGAACAAUAAAAAUCCCUUUGAGUGACACCAGUGAUGCAGUUUGUGUCACUUGCCUGCCCCUGCACAUCUGUGUCCUUAUGUUCGGUAUGCUGUUUCCUUUUGAAUUGUUGGACCUUGUUUUCAAAAAUACUAUUUGCUAGUUCGCAAGUUAGCUGAAAGCUUAGGGCACAUCAGAAUCUUUCUUCCUAGGCUACUCACAGCAAGUUUGUGUGUCCCCUUGACAUAAUUUAAAACUAAAUUCACUAAAUAAACUUAAAGGAAUUCAAAGCACCUCCACUUUAAAGGACCACUAUAGUGCCAGGAAAACAUACUCGUUUUCCUGGCACUAUAGUGCCCUGAGGGUGCCCCCACCCUCAGGGACCCCCUCCCGCCCGGCUCUGGAAGGGGGAAAGGGUUAAAAACUUACCUUUUUCCAGCGCUGGGCGGGGAGCUCUCCUCCUCCGAUCCUCCUCUUCUCCUCCUCCUGGGCUGAAUGCGCACGCGCGGCAAGAGCUGCGCGCGCAUUCAGCCUGUCGCAUAGGAAAGCAUUUACAAUGCUUUCCUAUGGACGCUUGCGUGCUCUCACUGUAAUUUUCACAGUGAGAAGCACGCAAGCGCCUCUAGUGGCUGUCAAUGAGACAGCCACUAGAGGAUUAGGGGGAAGGCUUAACCCAUUGAUAAACAUAGCAGUUUCUCUGAAACUGCUAUGUUUAUAAAAAAAAAUGGGUUAACCCUAGAAGGUCCUGGCACCCAGACCACUUCAUUAAGCUGAAGUGGUCUGGGUGCCUAGAGUGGUCCUUUAAUGCUUUUUAAUACAGAGUCCCCUAAAAUGUGGUAUGUAUUCUGAUAAGUGUAAAAAGAAGCCAUACAAUAUUAGUGGGCAUAGAUGGAAAACAAUACACUUAUAUCAUCUUAUUGAAUUGAAAAGCUGUCAUAGUAUACCUUAAGAAUAAUUAAUGUUUUGUAUUUACAGGCCUUCUGUAUACUGGCCAGAAAGGACACAUUCAAUAACUUCCUGUGGUAAGCCACUUGCUGCUAUGUUUUACCUGCCUUCUGCGCAAUUUCUGAAUUAUCAAUGAAGAAUCCAGAUUCAAAAAAGGGGUGUAAUAAAUGUUAAAUUGGAUUUUCACAUUAAAUUUAAAGUGACACCUGUAAAUUUGAUGAUCAAUUUGAGUAAAUUCAGUGAGUGAUCUGAACUCAUCCCUUAUUAAUGCAAUCAAAAUGAUACUCAGAGGUAGUAAAGUGAACUCGGGGGGUUCUAGAGGUAUAAAUGGUUUCUUUGCAAGAUCUGACAGGUUUUUGUCAGCUCAGACAAUUUGGUGAACUCUAGACUUGUUAGGCAAAUUUCGAGUGAAUCGAUUUGUUCAUCUAUAGUUUGACAGGCAUUUGAUGCAUUCAGCGCACCUGAAAGAAAUUUGUGCACACGUUACUGUUUUUAAAUAGUAAGUCGUGGUUGGGGCUUUAGUUUCGACCACUUAAAGGGGCACUGUCAUGCCGAACUUACCUUUCUUUAAUCGAUUCCUCUUCUCUUCCUCUGUCAGGAUCUGUUUUGCAUUUCUCUUCUGUCUGCUCUAGUUUUCUUUAAAACAUAAGAGAAAGUGGAGGUUUCCUAUGCCUGACCAUCUAUGACCAGCGGAGGAGCAAAGUGUGCUCCAUUUCCUGUGGUCAGAGAAAUCUUCCCACAAUCCUCACCUUUCCUCCAUGUUCUCGCGAUGCCUCCGUUCUGUAUUCCCAAACGCCGACAAAACUACUGAAUUUCGUCCUAACAGAAUGAGAGCAGUUCAUCCAUUCGUGUUAGGAUGAAAUUUGGGACUUUUGUUCUGAUCGGAAUUUCAUUCAUGAAUGAAAUUCUCAUCUAUUCAUGCCGUGGCUGCAUCUGGCAGCCACUUAGUAGAUAACUCCCUAAUUCCCACGUUAUUGGGGAGUUAUCUACCAAAAGGCUGAAAGACCAAGAUUAGUGGGGCAUCUCUUAACUAGCCUGGGGGGUGACAUAGUGUCACCACGAGCCCCCACCCGUGCCCCACGAGUGGGAGCUAUUCAAGUAAACAGGGGAGAUAGGGUCCCCCUUGGCCUACACCCAUGAGCGUCGGGUGGGGGUCCUAAAUGAAAAUGAGGGGGGGGGGGACACCUAUUGUCCUCCCCCUCCGGCCCCUACCCAUGAGCGGUGGGUGGGCGCCCUAUAUUACAAUAAGGGGGAGGACCUGUUUUCCUCCCCCCCCGAACCCCAACCCUGAGCUCAUGGGGGCCCUAUAGUACAAUUGUCGUCCCCUGGCCCCCACAUCCUAAAACUGUGGCAGCUGGAAGGAAGGGUUAGAGUGGUCAGGCCCAAGGAGACAAUGGUUUAGCCCUGAAGGUAUGUCGGCAGCCAGACACUUCUGCCUCCAUAACAUCUUCAUUGAGUUGAAGUAGGUAAGGAGGUCCUUUAACAUUAAUCUAUAUCCUCAAUACUUAAAGGGACACUAUAGUCACCAAAACAACUUUAGUUUAAUGAAGCAGUUUUGGUGUAUAGAACAUGCCCCUGCAGCCUCACAGCUCAAUUCUCUGCCAUUUAGGAAUUUAAUCGCUUUGUUUAUGAACCCUAGUCACACCUCCCUGCAUGUGACCUGCACAGCCUUCCUAAACACUUCAUGUAAAGUCAUCUAAAGUUUAUCCUUUCUUUAUUGCAAGUUCUGUUUUAUUUAGAUUUUCUUAUCCUCUGCUAUGUCAGUAGCUUGCUAGACCCUGCAAGAGCCUCCUGUAUGUGAUUAAAGUUCAAUUUACAGAGCCGGAGAUAAAAUUGUUUAAGGUAAAUUACAUCUGAUUGAAAGGGAAACCAGUGUUUUUUUCUUGCAGGCUGUGUCAAUCAUAGCCAGGGGAGGUGUGGCAAGGGCUGCAUAAACAGAAACAAAGUGAUUUAACUCCUAAAUGGCAGUGAACUGAGAAGUAAAACCUGAGAGGCAUGAUCUAUACACUAAAACUGCUUCAUUAAGCUAAAGUUGUUUAGGUGACUAUAGUGUUCCUUUAAAGAAGCCCUCCGGGCACCAUAACAAUUUCAUUGUAAUUUUCAAUCAGUAAUUUUCCGAAUUGAAGUCUGACAUUCAGAGGCAGUGGAUGGGCAGAGGGAUCGGGUACCCAUCAUCCAUACUUUGCGUUAAACUGUUUGUUAUCAGUUUAACCCGUUAAGGAAAGAUCGCACCCAGGUUCUCCUCGCACUACAACAACUUCAUUGAGAUUAAGUUGUUAUGGGGCCUAGAGUGUCCUGUAACUUCUUUAAUCAAAUGCCUUAUCGUAAUCACCAACACCAAACCCUUACCUUCUCCUUUAUACUUAAUGUCCAACAUUCCUUACUUUUAAUUGGUAACUCCAACCUUUUUCCAUUAAAUGUUUUUUUUACAAUGCCUUGUUGGGUAUUAAUAAAUAGGUCUCACUCCCUAUCAACUUUUAAAAACAAGAUUAAACUUACCUGAUAUCCAGCACCAGGAGAUGCUCCCCGCACUGGUUCCCACCUCCCACCCCCUGACAUUGUAUGUGUUCGCACUGAGCAAGAAACUGGAGGGAAACGGGAAGACUGGUGGGGAAAGAGGGCACAUUGAAGCUUCCCCUUGCAGGAACUGUCUGCAAGGGUAGAAGGUGACCACCUCUGUUGCCAGCAUGCAGUUUGUGCUCAUGACAUAUGUUUGUUUUGCACAUUAGGCAAUACUGUAUAGAGUGCAACUAGCCCCAGGCGCAGAAGUGAAUAUAUCUCUGAAUGUGCAACAUGUCAAGUACAUACAGUCUCCUACCACCAUGACAACUUCGAAACACAGAAGUGGUCAUGGUGGUUGGAGUAACCCUCCAUUACUAAUGCUAAUGCUAGCCCCUGGUCCUAAUUUCUAUCUUUUACUAUAGGUAUUAGAUAACAGUGGAUACCUUAAACGUUAAAUUAAAAUACAACAGCUAAAAGCUAUGCCUCUUUGAUAUAAUAGAUAGACCCGAGCAAAGAAACAGGGAAAAUAAAGUGUUGCAUGUCAGGAUGUGUAUCUGUCAGAAGAGGGGAAACUCCAUCUCAGUGGUUUAAAUGGUAUUCUCUAACAGUCCUUUGACCCUAUUAUUAGAAGUAUCUAUUCUGCUUAAAUCAGAUCUUUCUGUCAGUUUCCCUUACACUCAUCACUGUUAUGUCUGUGACUUUUUUGUUCAACAUGGCAUGGCAUUGCAUUACAUUGUAAACAGGGACUAAUUUUUUGAAUAGAUUAUAAAAGUAUUAGCCCAAUAACGCCUUCACUGCAAAGUGACCAGAAAAGAAUAGAUAUUUAAGAAUACCCAUUUAUAAUAUCGUAAUCACCAACACCAAACCCUUACCUUCUCCUUUAUACUUAAUGUCCAACAUUCCUUACUUUUAAUUGGUAACUCCAACCUUUUUCCAUUAAAUGUUUUUUUUACAAUGCCUUGUUGGGUAUUAAUAAAUAGGUCUCACUCCCUAUCAACUUUUAAAAACAAGAUUAAAUUGAUUCAUUAGCUUGUGCAUUUGAGCCUUAUGUGAUGCAAAAUACUCUGACACCAGUAGUACAGCAGAGGCGCAUAUACAAGUCCCCCACGGGGUGUAAGGCGAUUUCAUUGUAACACUUUAGUUGUAGAAAGGCAUGUAAUUAGAUAGGGGCUUCAUCAUGUGUAUUAGACCCUUUAAAAUAGAGUUUAGACUGCCCCUCACCCCUAGACUUAACUAUGCCACUGGCUUUUUAAUGACAAGUCUAGUACUACAAUAACUUCUUAUUUAGUCAACAUUUAUCCAAGUCAGAUUUGUAUCAUUGUAUAAUUUAACUAACAUGUAAAUAAUUGGAAAGGAUACACUUUGUACGCCUUUAUAUCUUUCUUCCCUAGGUGAAGAAAGUCACAAAUCCAAGGCUUAAUGUCUAUUUGGUAUAAAAAUUAGAAGCAUACUAUCAAUACAGAAUACCAGUGCAGUGUUGAUGAAUACUAGAUGCUGCAAACAAUAAUUAUACUGUAGUACAGAUAUGAUGCUUGAAAGAUAUUAUUGUUCGCUGUACGUACAAGCAUGGUAGGUAGCCGAGGAAGUAUAUUAAUUUUUUGAGUUUUAUGAAGCACUAAUAGCACUUCAGGCUUGUACUGUCAAUUUAUUAUUUAAGAUCUCCAGGAUUAAGUCCUUGUUUCAAGCAUAAAUAUUGAUGCAUUUUCUAAACCUAUCCUUGGUUCCUUUACAUCAGGGGUUCUUGAAGGAGACAGUCAAUUUCCAUGUUUUUUAAUAUUUUGUUUACGUAUCCGAGACAUUUAACAAAUACAUUUUUAGUUAGCUUGAGUGUGCAUUGUACCCAGUUUAACUUAAUGCGAAGAGUGGCGAUAUCCUUAUAGUGUCAUGAGUGCACCUGACUGUUUGACCUGUGGUGGCGGGUAUGCAGCAUAGGGAUAUAGGCUCGGACUGUUGUUGUUUUUGUCGUUGUUCCCCGGACUCUAAUUGGUAACUCUAAUUAAGGCUGCGUCGCUUUCUCAGCGUGGGUAUCAGACGAGCAGAGUUGUAUCUGGUGAUCCAAUAAAGCAAAACCGAGUUUCCAUAGUGGGGUGCUUGUCUGACUCUAGGGUGCCAGGUGACCAUGAGUGGUGCUGAGAUAGUCGCACCAUGGUUGCCAUGUGGUUGUGUAUGUGGAGUAUUUGUCUGUGAGGGAGAGGCAUGUCUCCUCUAGACCCCUAAUAGUGUCGACUUUUUGUAUCCAUUCUCGGAUGGAUGGUGGAUGUGGGUGCUUCCAUAGUGCUGGAAUAAGUUGGUUCGCUGCAGAAAUCAGGUGUGUCAGUAGGCCUGCUGUCGAUUUUGGUAUGUUUCGGGGGGUGAUCAGGAAUAGAAAAAGUUCCGGGGUAAAGGGGACAUGGGUAGAUCGAAUCGACUGUAUCGUCCCAUGUAUGCGCUUCCAGUAGUGUUGGAUCACCGGACAAGACCACCCGAUGUGGAGUGGUGUUGCCUUCGGGUGCAUGACACCUCCAACAUUGGUGUGGGUGUGUUGGAAAUAGGGAUCAUAAUUUUGUCGGGGUGUAGUGCCAUCUCACUACCGUUUUGUAGUUACUCUCUUGGAUUGUGGUGUUUCUAGAGGACCUAUGGAUAUGUGUGAAUACGGCGCGCCACGUUUCUGGUGUGAAAGAUGUGUUUAGUUCCUUUUCCCAGGACGAGGUAAAGGCCGGUGGAUGGUGAGGCAUUGUUUUAGUGAUCUUUGUGUACAUCUCUGAGAUGACUUUCUUCUUUAAGGUAUGUUCUUUGCAAAGUGUUUCUAAUUGUGUGUAAGGACGGACAGGAUUAUGUGCCAGUGGCCCUGUGAGAAGGAAGUGUGAGAGUUGUUUGUAUUGAAAUGUUUGCAGUACAGUGUGACCCUCUGUUGUAGUUUGCAAUGGUUUCACCUGAGUUCCCGUGUCGUCUACAACCUCGGCGAGGCGUAGGUAGUGUGAGUCAUGGUAUUGCUUGAAUGCCCUCCCAUCCUCUCCCGGUUGAAAGAGAGGGUUGUGUGUUAUUGGAUAUAACGGGGAAGGGUAAGGUGACAUUGUCUGGUGAGUCCUUAUCUUGGCCCACAUUUGUAAGGUUGGUGAGAUUGUGGGAUGUGGGGAGUGCAAUAAAAAUGGCAGUCCUGAUUUGUGCCAUGGUAUUGUGAAGAUGUGAGUCCUGAAGAAGGUGUUUUCUAUGUGUAUCCAUUGUUCUGUAGGGUGUGGGUGUGUCCAGUCAUACAGUCUGGUCAGAAGGACUGCUUGGUGAUAUCUCUCUAGGUCUGGGAGGCCUAGGCCCCCUUCGUCCUUUGGUCGUGUGAGGAGUGAGUAGGCAAGCCUUGGGUUCUUGUGUGCCCAGAUGUAGGUCGUAAGGGUUUUCCGGACCGUUGUGAACCAUGACUUAGGUAGGAGUCGUGGCAAAACAUUCAUUUUGAGAAUGUUCAGCCUGCAGAACCAUCCAAAGUGAGGUUUGUUCCAGGUGUUGAGAUCUGAUUGUAUGUUUUUCAUCAAACUAGGGAAAUUACACUCAAAUAGAUGGGAUGCCUCUUUGGUUAAGUAAAUACCUAGGUAUUUUAUCGUGCGGGUCGCCCAAACAAAUGGAUGUGUUCGUUGUAUAAUGUCUGCGUCGAGAGGGGAAAUGUUUAGCGGCAGUAUCUCGCAUUUGCUGAGGUUGGCUUUGAAAUUGGAAAUCUUGCUAAAUGAUUGAUUCCAUUUCUGCCAUUAGGUGAGGUAUUGACGACACUGGAUCUGAGAUUGUGAAUAGCAUGUCGUCUGCAAACACUGCUAUCUUAUAUUCCGUUGUGCCCGUUGUGAUGCCUUUAAUCGAGGUCUCGUCUCUAAUACCCUGAAGGAAGGGCUCCAGUACCAGGACAAAUAGGAGAGGCGACAGGGGACAUCCCUGUCUGGUGCCGUUCCUUAUUGUCACUGGUUCUGACAAUUGGCCAUUGACCCUAAUGUGCGCCGUGGGGUGUGAGUAUAUUGCAUUGAACCAUUUGAGCCAAUUUGGACCGAACCCCAUGUAUUGUAAAGUGUGUGAUAGCAUAGUCCAAUCUACCCUGUCAAACGCCUUUUCGGCAUCAAUGGACAGGAGCAAACUGGGGCAUCCAUCUCUCGUUGCUUAGUGUAUGAGGUUUAGCAGUUUUGUGGUGUUGUGUUUGGCUUCCCUGCCGGGGAUGAAACCUGACUGGUCUCCAUGUAUCAGUCCUGGUAACAGCGGUCUGAGUCUGUUGGCCAGAAUUUUUGUGAAUAAUUUUAAGUCAAUAUUUAUCAAGGAGAUCGGCCUGUAACUGCCGCAUUGAGUUAAAUCUUUCCCUGGUUUAGGAAGUAGCGUAAUCGUUGCGUUCAAGGCCUGUGGGGGGAGAGUGUCUGUUUUGAGUAGAGCAUUGAACGUGUUUUGGAAGUGGGGUAUGAGCAGAGGAGCAAAAGUCUUGUAAUAUUUGGCAGUGAGUCCGUCAGGGCCUGGACUUUUCCCUAGUGGAAGCUGUUUGAUUACUUGGAGGCAUUCGUCUGUGGAAAUAGGUUUUUCUAGGGAUUCUCGUAGAUUGUGUGGUAAGGCUUUGUGUAUCCUACGAGAUAGGAAAUCUCGGAUGUCUGCUGUCGCUGGGGGGCUUUGUCUUAAAUUGUAUAGCGAGGAGUAAAAAUCUUUGAAUUCUGCGAGUAUGUCAGUCAUUGAGUGUGAGAGUUUACCUUCCUUCGUGCGUAUGGCCGCUAUGAAUGUAUGUUCCCGUUGUUUCUUUAGUGCAUGGGCCAGCAAGCGCCCGCAUUUACCCCCGUGUGUGUAGUAUGUGCAUCUUGUCUUGGCUAGGGAGCGUUUGGUAUUGAUGUCGAGAAUUGUAUUUAACUCGGUCCUUUUUUCGAUCAGUGUCUUAAAUGUGGUGAGAUUGAGAUCGUUUUUGUGUAUUUCCUCUAGGCGCCUAAUCUCUCUAGUGAAACUAAGUGUGCGAGAUUCCCUCGAUUUUUUGAGUCUAGAGGCUGCCUGGAUGAACGUACCUCUUAUUGUGCUCUUGUGUGCUUCCCAAAUGAUGGGGUAGGUGGAUACUGGGUGUGUGUUGAGCUCGAAAUACUGUUCCAGGGAGGAUUCGGCUUGGUUCCGGAUAGUGGUAUGGUUAAGUAGGGUAUCAUUCAGUUUCCACUGUGUCCGAGUGGGAUGUAGGGAGGGAAUCUGAAGUGAGAGGGAAAUUGGUGCGUGAUCGGACCACGUGAUUGUGUCGUAUGUGCAGGAGUGGACUAAGUUCAGAAAUCUGUGUGGGAGAAGAAAUAAGUCAAUUCUCGAAUACGAGCACGAGGAGGAUGAGUAAUAGGAAUAGUCCCGCUCAGCGGGGUGUAGGACGCGCCAACAGUCAUAGAGCUGAUGCGAGUCCAAAAGUUUCUGGACUUGCACCCGUGUUGAGACUUGGUAUGUGGAGGCUUGUGAGGUUGUGUCUAAUGCUCCAUCUAGGGAGAUGUUGCAGUCGCCUCCUAAAAUCAACAUGCCGUCAGUAAAUUGUAUCAGCUGCUUGAUUAUCUUACGUAGGGCUUGGAAUUGUUUCCUAUUGGGAAGAUAUAUGUUGGCUAGGGUUAUUGGGGUUGUGCCUAUCAGGCCCUUCAGAAAGAUAUAUCUCCCAUUGUCGUCAGAUGUGUGUUCUUUGUAUGUGAAUGGUAGAUGCGGGGAAAGGAGAAUCGCCACUCCCCGUGACUUCGAGCCUACAUAAUUGCUAAAGUAUCCCUUUGUGUAGUGUCUGGAUUUUAGUGAUGGUGCUGAGUCUUUACGAAAGUGUGUCUCUUGUAUGAACACCACUUCCGCUUUUGAUUUAUGGUAGUCCGUGAGGGCCAUGUGGCACUUUUCGGGGGUAUUCAGCCCCCUAGCAUUGUGUGAGAGUAUGGAAAUUGUUGCCAUGGCUGGAGAUUUGGGGGAGGGUGGUGUGUAAAAGGGUUACUAUGGUCGUGUGGGGUGUGUGUUUGUAGUCUAUAUCUAUGGAUGUUGCGUGAUGCGUACCCUGCGUGUAUUCGACAGGCCAGAUAUUUGGCUGGCGUUGUAUAAAUUCUUACACCAAAAGGUGUUGCAAUACUACACAAUGUCAAUGCGAUAUACAAAUUUUAACAAAACAAAACAAAACUAUAUACAAUAGAUGAUGACGUUAAGUUACCGGUGUUGCUCUUUGGCAACUAUAGGAAUAUAAAUACCUAGGGUCUGCCCCUGAGAAGUCCCGUAGUCUACAGUAGGCAAGGUUGAGAUGACCCUGAUGUAGGUGGGGGGGGGGAGAAAGGGAGCGUGUGCACUUUUUUUUUUAUUUUAUUUUUUUAAGUAUGAUACAGUGGGCUCCUGGGGCGCUUGGAGCUGAACCGCAUCUUGGUUUAUUAUUGCUUUGUGGAGGUAAAUAUAUUUUAAGGCAAUAGGAUAGCGUGGGGGUGAGGUCGGCUGGCGCUUUUUAUGGGGGAAGGAGGUAUGAGUCGUCCAGGUGGGUCCUAAUACCUUUCCCUCCCUUGGGUAUCCCUUUAUGUCAGGUGUCGGUCUAGUAUCCCCUUCUCUGGACGGUAACGUGUACCGAGUUUUAGUAUGUCUGGGCUGUGCUGUUUUCUCUGGCCAGUCUUGUCCAUGUCUGUCAGUCCCUUUGUCUCCCUAGCGCAAUGCGUUGCAUAUGUGUACCCCUUGGGCGGGAGAUACUUGUUAACCCCACAGUCACAUCUAAGCAGGUCACCCCUAUAGUAUUAGUGUAUGUCAAUUUCACAAUUACAGAAAGCAAACAUAGGUCAAAACAUAAGCAUGUAUACGACCUGAGGUUUCAGCGUCGGCCGUAGUGGCAUUCGUGAUUAAUCCCUUUCUGGACCGUGUUGUUGGGGUAAGUCCAAGUCUUGUGAGUGGGCUCUAUCUGGGAGUAGAGGCCAGCGUCUUUAUUUUGAAAAUUGGACGUGCAGAGAAGGGUAUCGUGGGGUUGUUACUAGAAAGUGUCAGUAGAGGCGAUUUAGCGUCCAGCAGCUGUGGUCUGCCCUCCUUCUUCUAAGUGUUGGGAAAGUCCAGCCUGGGUCUGCCGUUGUCUCUUAGCCGGGGAUCUCCAUCGUGGUCUCUUCUGUUGAGGUGGUGCUGUUAACGCCGGAUCAGGAGCAUACCAAUCCAGGAUGGAUGUUUCUGCUAGGUUUAAUGCUUCGGUGAAUGGCACGAUGUCCUGGUGUGUAGAGAUCGUAUAUGUGGUUCCGCGGGUGUUUACGAUGAGGGCAAAAGGGAAACCCCAUCUGUAUCGUAUGUUGCGCGAACGUAGCUGAUCGGUGAUUGGCCGUAGGGCUCGUCUUGCUUGCAGCGUGUGCCAAGAUAAAUCUUGAUAGAUCUGUAUUUCGUGUCCCUGAUAUAACAAGGGGCCUGAGGUGUCCCUGAGGUGUUUCAAAAUAUCGGCCUUAAGAGCGUAGUAGUGGAUGCGGCAGAUAAUAUCUCUUGGGGCAUCGCCGACCGCUGCUUUGGGGCGAAGGGAACGGUGUGCUCUGUCCAGGAUGACCGGUGAUUCUGGCUUGCGCUUAAGUAUAAGAUUGAAAAGCGAGGCCAGGAUGUUAUAUAGGUUUUCCCCUUCUGCUUCUGGUAAAUUAUUUCUCCUGCCCCUAUUGUCGAUAUCGUCUAGAGAGCGUUGCAUCAUAGAUAAAUGCCUUUCUUGGGCUUGGACUUUAGCUGAUAGGGAAUGCAUUAAUGUGUGGUGAGACCCCCUUUCAUCCUCCAGGUCCUGAACUCUGCGGCCUACCUGAGUUAUUUCUGAAUUGAGGCUUUCCAUCUUCUGUUGGAAGGUAGUUUCUAACUUUCCCAGCAUCUGAGCUAGGUCAGCUCUGGAGGGCAAAUUUCGUAAUAUGCCUUUAAUAUCUGCUUCCAUCGACACCUGUGAUGUGUCUGACGCUGUGGGGCUUGGAGGAUCUGAGUCGGCGGUUACUGCCGCCGGCGCCAUGUUGGAUUCCCCGAGGUCCGCCGUGCGGUCGGAAUAAUCUCUAAAUAGACGGGCCACAGUGCACGAUUUCCCGGCUGGGGUCUUCCCGGAGAGCUGGGGAGCAGGGUGAGCCUUUUUGUGAUUGCCCAUCGUGGGUUUGUUACCUCCGUUUUCGGCGGUUCUGUCCGUGCUGCUCAGGAGCUGAGCUAGUGUGCUUCCAUAUAGCUCGGCUGUCGGCCACGCCCCCCCCUUAACAAAUACAUUUUUGUGAUGUGCACAAAGUAUUAAAGUAUAAAAUAUUAAGGAACCCUAUAGGCAGUGGUGGGAUUCAGCCGGUUCGCGCUGGGUCACACCGGUUCGUGUGAACCUGUUAUUAACAUUUAACAAGUUCGCCGAACCGUCUGCGAAACCAGGGGCACAAAAAUCAGUCAGUCAGUCAUAAGGGAACCGCAUGCACACUAAGCCAGCUGAGGAGCACCUCCCCUUUGUGCUCAGCGUAGAAGUCCUGGAAUUCACGUGACUACCUGACGCUCAGAGUGAAAAGGGCAGAGCGUGCCGGACAUCGAGAGGACCCUCUCCUGCCUAGACAGGUAAGCAGGGAGGUGGGACAUAUAUUGUUAUGUGAGGGAACAGGCUGCCAGCCAGUUGAGGAGGGGGACAUGGAGAGGAGGGGGACAUGGAGAGGAGGGGGACAUGGAUGGAAUUGGUAAGUGGAAAUAUUUUGUAUAUUCUGCUCAUUGGCAAGAUUUACAAAGUUUAUGCUAUAUACACACCAGUGUGAAAUUUGAAAUGAUACAUCCACCACAUUUUGGACUAGUUUACGAUCUUUACACAAUACAAAUAAGUGUGUAUGGCGCUUCAAAUAAUUAAAAAAUAAAUGUGCAGUGAUCACAACCAAUAAGAAAGUGUUUCCCCAGCACUUAACAAAAUACAAAUCAGAAUAAAGUAGAUAUACUAGUUGUGACCCACUACAUAUAAAGUUUAAAUGAAUUAUUUCUGGUUUGAUGGCAAAUUCUUCUUACAACUCAAUGGUAUUGUGAUGGGGACUAGAUUCGCGCCCAGUUAUUUUAUUUAUGUCUCACUCGGAAAAUAUGUGUUUAUUGUCUCAGGAGUCUAUUUGGGUGUCGAAUCUAGUCCUCUAUUGCAGAUUUAUAGAUGGUAUCUUUUUUAUUUGGCAAGGUGAUGAAGAGUCUUUUAAAUAAUUUUUAACAUAUUUAAAUACUAACCAGAUAGGGAUCAGUUUUACCAGUCAAUAUAGUUGCACUAAUAUUAAAUUUUUAGAUUUGGAAAUAUAUAUUGAGAAUUUAACGAUUAAAACUAAGACCUAUUUUAAAGGACCACUCUAGGCACCCAGACCACUUCAGCUUUAUGAAGUGGUCUAGGUGCCAGGUCCAGCUAGGGUUAACCCAUUUUUUUUUAUAAACAUAGCAGUUUCAGAGAAACUGCUAUGUUUAUAAUAGGGUUAAUCCAGCCUCUAAAGCCUCUAGUGGCUGUCUCAUUGAAAGCCGCUAGAGGCGUUUGCGUGCUUCUCACUGUGAAAAUCACAGUGAGAAGACGCAAGCGUCCAUAGGAAAGCAUUAUGAAUGCUUUCCUAUGAGACUGGCUGAAUGCGCGCACAGCUCCUGCCGCGCAUGCGCAUUCAGUCGAAGAGAAGGAGGAGAGCUCCCCGCCCGGCGCUGGAGAAAGGUAAGAUUUUAACCCCUUCCUCUCCCCAAAGCCCGGCGGGAGGGGGUCCCUGAGGGUGGGGGCACCCUCAGGGCACUAUAGUGCCAGGAAAACGAGUAUGUUUUCCUGGCACUAUAGUGGUCCUCUAAGAAAAUUGAUGUUAAUGGAUAUAUUGAAACAUCUAGUUGCCAUUAUAGUCCCUGGUUGCAUAAUAUCCCUAAGGGACAAUUUACUCGUUUAUUUAGGGACUGUACUGACAAAAAGAUUUUUAAUGAACAAGCCCAUCUUUUAAAAACCAGAUUCAAAGAAAAUAAUUACGAUCUUGAUAAUAUUUAAAUGCAUUAAAGAUAUUAAUAUUAAGGAUAGGAUUUUCUUUAAAAAGACAAGGAGAAUAAAAAGAAAAUUAGAGAUGAGAAAGCAGAUACAUCUCUUAUUUUAUAUUAUAAUGAAGAUUUUAAACAAAUUAAACAUAUUAUUAAUAAGCACUGGCACAUUUUAAACACAGAUUAGAAGAGACAAGCCACACAUUAUAUACAGGGGAGCAAAAAACCUAAAACAAUAUUUAACCAAUAGUUAUAUAAAAGAGAUUAAAAAAAGAAAAUAACUUAUUUGGUUUACAAAAUGGAUUUUACCCCUGCAGAUCUGGCCUUGCCUGUAGAAAAACACAUUUUAAUAAACAAAAAAAUACAGAUUUUAUAUCUUUUUCUACAAAAAAGGAGUUCACGGUCAAAAAUUUUUUACCUAUUAAAUCCACAAAUGCCAUAUAUCUCCUCUGGUGCCCUUGUGGUUUGCAACAUAUAAAGAAUUGCCGAACAUAUUGGGAAUAUCCAGAGGGGAUAUAUCAAACAGUGUUUCAGCCAAUUUUGUAGAAAAACACAAUAGUAACCCUUCACAGUUGGGGUAUAUGGUUAUUUUUAACAAAUCAAUUAACUGAGAGGUAAAGAUAAUUUUAAAGGAAUUAGCAAAAGUGGAACAUGUACACCCUCGCUCCUAAGGGUCUAAAUUUAGAUUUUUAAUUUACACAAUUCCUUUAGAUAGAACAUUUUUGUUUAUAUAUUUCUUAUAUUUUUAGUUAGCAUAUCCCUUAGUUUACCUAGGGUGUGUUUUUAUAGUUUUUUUAUUCGAUUUUUAAGUGUAUGCCUAUGUUUAUUAGGAUCAUACACUUUGUGUAUCUUUUUGUAUAUCCUAUUUACACUUUUUUAUAUUCCUUAGAUCAUCUAUAGUUUUUUAUAUUAUAUAUAUUUUUAUGUGAAUGCCAAGGCUUGUUAAGUAUUAACCUCGUUUGAGGUUUCAAAGCAGUUUUCUCACAAAAGGGACAAGACUCGUUUGAGUGCUGUCAGUCCCUCACCGUCCACCUCAAGAGCGUUUGCUCAUUCAUCCUCCCUAAGCUGGUCCUGCUCCAGACAGGGAUCACCGGAGAUUGAUUGGGAGUGCGAGGAGGUGGUUCGCUCUGCAGCUUCCACUGAACGAGGGAAGUUGAGCAACAUUCAGAUGGACAGAGUGAGCCUUUUAGGUAAAGUGCUCCCUUCAAAAUUAUUCCAUUCAAGAUGGUCCAUCGAACAAGAAUCAGAAGUCAGGGAUUUUGCCAAACUAGCUUUCAGAUCACCGCUAGUUAAAGAGGAUGAUCUCCUCCUUAGAAAUCAUAUUGGUAUCCCUGACAUUCAGGCGCUAAUGGCCCCUGAAAUUAAUCCAGCACUGUUAUCCAUUACAGGAAGCAGUGUUUCUGGGGAUCCCAUGGAUCAGACAUUCGCAAUGUACAAUUUAAAAUUGCGGAUGCUGUUGGUCCCCUGCUACUUAUGAUGUUGUAUAAGGCAGAGAAGGAGGGAUCCCUCAUAACCCUUCCCUACCAGCUUUACUUGCUUCUAAAUGGCACUUCUAAAAGCUUCCAGCAGAGCGGUGCUUAUUAUAGGUCAAUCCUUCAACUAUGUUUCUAACAUUCGCAGAACACGAAGACUGCAUGCAGCAGGGAUGUCUGAUUUAGUACCAAAAAUCACAUUAAUUCCCUAAUUUUGAAAACUCCUUUCUAUUUGGCCCCACUUUUAUACAAGAAGUGAAAGGAUGAUAUAAAGCUAGAAAAUCUUUCUCUGAUUUUAAAGAGCUUUCCAAGCUUCAAGAAGCCCUUUCGGACCGAGGGUCGUUCCUACAGGGCUACAGGCUUGUCCCGGGAAGUUACUCAGCAAGCCCACUUUCGUCACCAUUGGAGAAAGUCAAGACCCCCAGGCAGUAGCAGAGGAGCCCAUGCCAGACAUAGCUCAUCAGGAAACCGAAGACCCAUGCAGUCAAGUAAGUGCUUUACCUCACAUCCCUCAAAAUUGGUCAGAUAUAACCUCAGACAAAUGGGUGCUUCAGAUUUUCAAAAGGGGUUUACAACUCCCUCUCAUUCAGUUUCCCUUCCAGAGUCAAGCUCUGGGCAGAGAGGUAAAUCCAGUUCUAGAUUCCUCUCUUUCCCAGACAUUAGCUCAGGGAAAAAUAGAAUUGGCAGAUUUGUCAAUUUCAGGUUGGAUCAGUCCCUUUUUCCCUACUCCAAAAUCAGACGGCACAUGAAGACCAGUACUAAAUGCCAAAGCUUUGAAUGCUUUCCUAAAGAGGAAAAGAAACAUAGAAACAUAGAAUGUGAUGGCAGAUAAGAACCAUUCGGCCCAUCUAGUCUGCCCAAUUUUCUAAAUACUUUCAUUAGUCCCUAGCCUUAUCUUGUAGUUAGGAUAGCCUUAUGCCUAUCCCACGCAUGCUUAAACUCCUUUACUGUGUUAACCUCUACCACUUCAGCUGGAAGGCUAUUCCAUGCAUCCACUACCCUCUCAGUAAAGUAAUACUUCCUGAUAUUAUUUUUAAACCUUUGUCCCUCUAAUUUAAGACUAUGUCCUCUUGUUGUGGUAGUUUUUCUUCUUUUUAAAUAUAGUCUCCUCCUUUACUGUGUUGAUUCCCUUUAUAUAUUUAAAUGUUUCUAUCAUAUCCCCCCUGUCUCGUCUUUCCUCCAAGCUAUACAUGUUAAGAUCCUUUAACCUUUCCUGGUAAGUUUUAUCCUGCAAUCCAUGAAUCAGUUUAGUAGCCCUUCUCUGAACUCUCUCUAAGGUAUCCAUAUCCUUCUUAAGAUACGGUCUCCAGUACUGUGUACAAUACUCCAAGUGAGGUCUCACCAGUGUUCUGUACAAUGGCAUGAGCACUUACCUUUCCCUAUACAACCAAGCAUUCUGCUAGCAUUUCCUGCUGCUCUAUUACAUUGCCUGCCUACCUCUACAUCAGAAAUAAUCACCCCUAAAUCCCUUUCAUCAUAUGUUGAGGUUAGAACUCUAUCAAAUAUUCUGUACUCUGCCCUUGGGUUUUUACGUCCAAGAUGCAUUAUCUUGCACUUAUCCACAUUAAAUGUCAGUUGCCACAAUUCUGACCAUUUUUCUAGUUUACCUAAAUCAUUUGUCAUUUGGCUUAUCCCUCCUGGAACAUCAGCCCUGUUACAUAUCUUAGUAUCAUCAGCAAAAAGACAUACCUUACCAUCAAGACCUUCUGCAAUAUCACUAAUAAAAAUAUUAAAGAGAAUUCAAAAAUAUUAAAGAGGUCCAAGUACAGAUCCCUGAGGUACCCCACUGGUGACAAGUCCAAGCUUCGAAUAUAUUCCAUUAACUACAACCCUCUGUUGCCUGUCACUCAGCCACUGCCUUACCCAUUCAACAAUAUUGAAAUCCAAACUUAAAGAUUGCAGUUUAUUGAUAAGCCUUCUAUGUGCAACAGUGUCAAAGCCUUACUGAAAUCUAGGUAAGCAAUGUCUACUGCACCACCCUGAUCUAUAAUUUUAGUUACCCAAUCAAAAAAAUCAAUAAGAUUAGUUUGGCAUGAUCUCCCUGAAGUAAACCCAUGUUGUCUCUGAUCUUGAAAUCCAUGUGUUUUUAGAUGUUCAACAAUCCUAUACUUUAACAUGGUUUCCAUCACUUUCCCACUACUGAAGUAAGGCUUACUGGCCUAUAGUUGCCCGACUCCUCCCUAUUACCUUUCUUGUAAAUGGGCACAACAUUCGCUAACUUCCAAUCUUCUGGGACUAAUCCUGUUAACAAUGAUUGGUUAAAUAAAUCUGUUAAUGGUUUUGCUAGUACACCACUAAGCUCUUUUAAUAGCUUUGGGGGUAUUCCAUCAGGUCCCAUUGACUUAUUUGUCUUUACUUUUGACAGUUGAAAUAGAACCUCUUCCUCUGUAAACUCACGUGUAAUAAAUGACUCAUUUAUCCUUUUUUUCAACUGAGGUCCCUUUCCUUCAUUUUCAUCUGUAAAUACAGAACAAAAAUAUUCAUUGAGGCAGUCAGCUAGACCUUUAUCCUCUUCUACAUACCUUCCUUCUUUUGUUUUUAAUCUAACUAAUCCUUGUUUUACUUUUCAUUUCUCAUUUAUGUAUCUAAAAAUGUUUUAUCCCCUUUUUUACUGACUGUGCUAUUUUCUCUUCUGUGUGUGAUUUGGAAGCUCUUAUAACUUGCUUAGCCUCUUUCUGCCUAAUCUUAUAGAUCAUUUUGUCUCCCUCACUCUGGGUUUUUUAUAAUUCCUAAAUGCUAACUUUUUGUUUUUAACUAUUUUGGCUACAUCUGCGGAGUACCACAGUGGUUUCUUGAAUUUUUUGCUUUUACUGACAAGCCUAAUGCAAUUUUCUGUUGCCUUCAAUAGUGCAACUUUUAAAUAAUCCCAUUUCUCUUGGACUCCAUUUAAAUUGCUCCAGUCUGAUAAUGACUCCUCUACACAUAUUCUAAUUUUAGAAAAGUCUGCUUUUGUUUUUGUGUGGUGUGACUCAGUCACUGUUCUUAUAUUAAACCACACUGACUGAUGAUCACUGGAUACUAAACUUUCACCUACAGUAAUAUCUGAUACCAAAUCUCCAUUUGUUAACACUAAAUCUCGUAUGGCCUCUUUACGAGUUGGCUCCUCAACAACUUGUUUUAGAGACAAUCCCAGUAGGGAGUUUAGAAUAUGUGUGCUCCUGGCACAAGUAGCUAAUUUUGUUUUCCAAUUUACAUCAGGGAGAUUAAAGUCACCCAUGAUGAUGACUUCCCCCUUCAUUGUCAUUUUAGCUAUUUCCUCAACUAGUAGAUUAUCUAACUCUUCAAUUUGUCCUGGGGGCCUAUAAAUCACACCUACACGAGUUACUGUGUGAUUACCAAAUUCUAACAUAACCCAAACGGACUCUGUUUGCCUCACUAACUUUUAUUAGGCUAGAUUUUAUGCUAUCCUUCACAUACAAGGCCACCCCUCCCCCUUUCUUGCCUUCCCUAUCUUUCCUAUAUAAAGAGUACCCUGGUAUUGCUAUGUCCCAGUCAUUUUUCUCAUUGUACCAUGUCUCAGUAACAGCGACUAAAUCUACACUAUCAGUUGCCAUUAUUGCCACAAGUUCAUGGAUCUUAUUCCCUAAACUGCGAGCAUUUGUAGACAUGACUCUAAGCUUAUCAUUUUUUAACACACUUGCUACAGGCACCUUUUGUCCUUGUUUUGGGGGACAAUUGGAUUGAUGUUUUAUCACCCUUUUGCCCCCCCCCUAGUUUAAAUACAUCCUAGCAAAACCUCUGAACUGCUCACUGAGAACAUUUGUUCCCUUUUGAGAAAGAUGCACACCAUCUUUUUUGUACAGCUUAUCUCCAUUCCAAACAGAGCUACCAUGAGAAAUAAAGCCAAAUCCUUGCUCCCAACACCAUUCACCAAGCCACAAAUUAAAAUUAAUACGCAUCCGCCUGUCGUUCUGAGUGUUAUGCACAGGCAGAAUCACAGUGUGGAAGCAACCUGCCGUAUAUCAUUGGCAAAAACACUAAAAACUUCCUUAACCUCUGAAACCUCAUUGCAAGCCAAGUCAUUUGUCCCUAGAUGGACAAGAUUAUUAUUAUUAUUAUUAUUAUUUACGCCAACAGAUUACGUAGCGUACAUCCAAUUCCCCUUCCUGCUUUGCUUGCUUAACAAUAUUACAGAUACGUCUCCUGUCUCUGUGAGCAGUAGCUCCGGGAAGACACCUCACAAGACCACCAUUGUCCAUCUCCACACCUCUUAUAAUAGAAUCCCCCAACAACAACUGCUUUCUAUUAGGCCUCACCAUAGUCUCCAAGCCGGUCUCCACAACACCACUAGUCUCCAAGCCGGUCUCCACAACACCACUAGCCUCAGUGCCUCUCUCCACAACACCACUAGCCUCAGUGCCUCUCUCCACAACACCACUAGCCUUAGUGCCUCUCUCCACAACACCACUAGCCUUAGUGCCUCUCUCCACAACACCACUAGCCUUAGUGCCUCUCUCCACAACACCACUAGCCUUAGUGCCUCUCUCCACAACACCACUAGCCUCAGUACCUCUCUCCACAACACCACUAGCCUCAGUACCUCUCUCCAAAAGGUUCAGGAAAGAAGGUUUAACGGACCUCCCAGGCCUAGUGCAGAAAAAGGUCUUCUGCAUAAAAUUAGACCUCAAAGAUGCUUUCUAUUCAGUUCCUAUCGCUAUGAAACACAGGCGCUUUCUCAGAUUCCGCUGGAAAUAACAGAUAUAUCACUGAACUGUAAUGGUGUUUGGCCUAUCCAACGCACCUUACACGUUUUCCAGGAUAAUGAAAGCUAUUAUAUCCCAUGUCAGGAUUUCUAUGCCUUUAUUACUUAGACGACAUCCUGUUGUUGAAUCCAAAAGGUGGAUACUCUCGUUCAGCAGAGAGAUUACCUAAUUUCCUUAUUACAGGACCUGAGGUUUAUUGUAAAUCUGCAAAAAUCCAUACUAGUCCCUACUCAGAAUAUCCUAUUUCUGGGUUUCAUUCUGAACACUAUAGAUAUGACCUUGGGUGUUCCCUGAGACAAAUGGAAAAAAUCCUAGCUCAGGUAACUUCAGCUCUUUUAAAAAACAGAUGGUCCCUAAGAGAGAUAGAAAAGACUAUUGGGAGGCUGAUAGCAUUAACACCGGGUUACAAUGCUUCCCCCUUGCUAUGCAGACAGUCAGCUGUUUCUAGGAAACCAACUGAGACGAGGGUGGCUAGUGGGGGUCAAGGGUGGUCCUUCCCACGAGUGUCAGAAAAGAGCUAAACAAUAUAUUGGAAGGGGCAAGUCCACUUCCUCGCCCCCUUCUGGAAUGGCCUUUCGAGAUAACCUUGACCACAGAUGCUUCUACCAAGGGAUGGGGUGCUUUCUCUGCCCAAGGCGCAAUAAGAGGAGUUUGGUCACUUCAAGAAAGACUUCUCCACAUAAACUUCCUAAAGUUGAGAGCAAUCAAAUUAGCCCUCCAACACCUCGUUCCAUUGAACCCCCUAGGUGUGUCGGUAAUGGUUCAAUCAGACAACAGGACUGCGGUAGCUUAUGUCAUCCACAGAGGGGUCAAAAGGUCUUUGCCUAGAGACCUUGGACCUGUGGUCCUGGGCUCUGGUUCACAGAGUUCGCAUUUUGGCAGUUCACGUACCAGGAAAGGCAAACGAACUGACGGAUUCCCUGUCCAGCCAGCGUUUGUCCCUUGCUACAGUCCAGUUAAAAAGUGCCUUAUUUCAGCUGAUAGAGGGCAGACUGGGCAAGAGACAGAUCUUUUUGCAUCUCAGACUCCCACAUUUGUAUCCAGGACUUGGGCAAAAGGAGCUUGGAAGAUGGAUGCGAUGUCCUUCCAAUGGACAGACAUUCUGGGACUUUACGCUUUUCCCCAUCCAUCUAUUCUGAUGAAGGUGUUAGAGAAACUUCGCAAAGACAGGGUGACCAAUCUGGUUUUAGUGUACCCCAUUUGGACCUCUAGACCAUGGUACCCCGUGAUCCAACCUCUAAUCAGGGGACCAAAAGUUCCAUAAGGCUGGACAGCAGAUUGCUUCCUAGGGACCAGGGAUCUCUUAACCAAGCUCCCCCAACUUAUGUGGAUGUCAGGCCUGGUAGGCUUUUAACGCAUCCUCUUCUGUCUGACCGGGUUUUAGACAUAGUUAAUUCUUCAUUACUGCACAGGACCAGGGUAAGAUACAAACAGAUGAUCGAGGAAUUUAAAGCAUGGGAAGUUUCCUUUAAUUCCCUUUCCCAUGAAUCUGACAAUUCCCUUAGCUUUGGAAUUCCUCCCGCUCAAAUAUCAUUCAGGGUUAGCAGUCAGUACGAUUAAGACAUAUGGUUCUGCAUUACAUUUUCUAAUCCCUAAUCUGACCCAAGACGCCCUUUACCUCAGGUUACUCAAAGGGCUAUCAGUCUCAGAGUGCCUUUUACUCUGAGAUACACUUCCACUUGGGAUGUGGACCUUUUAUUAAACUACCUUUAAUUCUUUGGACAAUGACCAGAUAGACCUAAGAUGGACGGCAAUUAAAUUGGCAUCCCUUCUAGCUUUAGCUCUGGCAGCUAGAGGCUCAGAAUUAACCUAGCUAAAUAUUGUCGAACCAUGGUUGUCUCGAACUCUUGGGGGAGACAGAAGACUUCCCAUAUUUUCCCGGGUCCCAUAGAACUAGAUUAGACUAGACAGGGGUUGGAUACUGUCCACUAUGUCUGCAGCGGGUAUUGAUGUCAUGGUUUUUAAGGGUCAUUCUAUCAGAGGGGCCUCAGCUUCAAAAGCAGCAGCAAGAGGCCUUCCUCUUCCUAUUAUCCUUAAAGCUGCAAGAUGGUCUUCCAGUAAGACUUUUGUUAAGUUUUACUGGAAUCCAACUGAAGUGGUUUACAGUUCCUUAGGACUAGCACCAGGUGCGUGCUAUUCAGCCCACUAGCUUUGCUAGGUGGUUAUGCCUCCCGGAGGGACAAACUAGAGUUUGCAGGAAUCGAUGACCUGCAAACUUUCUUUGUCCUAGGAAGAAGCAUAACCACCUAGCAAAGCGCCCAUCCCUCCCUCCCCAGGUUUAUUUCUAUUGCCUGGUGGCGGCAGGGUAUUUCUCUGGUUUGGGAAUCUUCUAAUUAAAGUUAAUUUUGUGUGUUUGUUUUCUUUUUUCACUUAUAUUUAUUUAUAUAUAUUCUGUUUUUCUUUACAGAUUACAACCGGCUACCCAGACAGGAUCACCAAGCCAAGGACCCUCCUAAAUAGUUCUGGAGAUUAAGAAACUUCUUCCAGAAGCUCUUUGAUUAUGAGUUAUACUAUACUAAUAUUUCUCUCAGAGACUGUUUUGUUUUUCACCUUCAUGAUCAAAGAUUGUUUUGUUACUAUUAAUUGUCAGUAUUUCAGAAAUGUUUCUUAUUUAUUGUUACUUUAUUACAUUGCCUUUCCACUCUGUUGACAUAACCCUUUCAUAGGAGUAAGUUCAUGUUUGGUUGAGUAAAUAAAUUAUUGUUACCCCCCUUACAUUGUCAGUGGUACUCUUUUCCUUUAUUAUGUUUAAUACCAUGUACAUUGAUAUAUAUCCUACAUUAGGGGGUUUUCUUUGUCUCUGAAUGAGUUAACCAUCUGCAGUAUCCAGAUUUUAAAAUCUGGGGUGAUCAGGGCUGCCGCGAGCUACACGGCUGUCCUGAUCACCUGACUGGCUAAAACGCUGUUGCUGUGCAGGAGCACAGCACGAGCGUUUUUAGCGCUGCAAAAUAUUUCUCCAGGAGGCUGCCACAUACCCACUAUCUUUGCUAGGUGGUUAUGCUUAUCCCUAGGACAAAGAAAGUUUGCAGGUCAUCGAUUCCUGCAAACUCUAGUAUAUGUUACAUUUCCCUUAUCUUUAUCAGUGUAUGGACUAAUUUGCCCUUAUAUGAGAUGGUGGCUUAUACCACCGAUAUGUGUACAAACUGCAUAAACUUUAUUGCAAUUGGCAAGAUGAACGACAUGAAAAAUCAGUUUCCGGAAGUGGUCACUAUUGGACGUCAUGUGACACCUUAACCCAGAAAUGUGUUCCACCAUGGAUUAUGGAUAUGAUGUCAUCAGGAAUGGAUGGAAACAACUAAUUGCCGUUAGUACAAACUAUCUGCAGCUGUAUGGGAGGUAUAUAAGGAGUCAUGAUUCACUUUGAAAAUCAGCACUGAAAGAAGGCUUUAGGAGAUAGCCGAAACGCGUAUGCUGUUAACUUUCUUAUAUACCUGUUUUUAUAUUGUAUUUUUUUUAUAUUGUCCUCUUAGGGUUACUUCAUAGAUGCUGCUUGAUUUUGGUUUUUACCUCUAACACCAUUCUUAUAGUACCCAUUUACUAUUAUGUUUAAAUAAAUAUCUUUCCUGGACUGAUUGGAUCGUUUUGCCAGUAUUGGCACCCCUUGGGCAUAUUAUACAGAGCCUGAGACGGCUCUGGAUCAUGUGAGUGAGAUUCCAUUACAUCACAUUAUCAACAUUAGUUUUACAGGUCACACUAUGGUUCUGUGUUUCCAUUUAUAGGUUUUCCAAAUCAUAUUUGUGAUAUCAAGACUACUCAAUUUGCUGGUAUUAUUACCAUUUUUGUUAUUCAUUUAAACUUUAUAUGUAGUGGGUCACAACUAGUAUAUCUACUUUAUUCUAGUUUAUGAUCUUGUUGGUAGAUAGUUAUCAUUAUUAACAGCUGAUAUUUGUAGUGACUACAAAUUACAAACAGGUUUACACCCUUAUUGCUAUUUUAUAAACCUAUCACUAGUAAUAGUUGCCACUACAGGUACCAACCACUCACGUAUUUUCAGCUUGUUGGUAAAAUACAGAAACACACACCUGAGCGUGCAAAAUCUUUUAUGUGUGGCAAGUAGCAGCUAGCAAGUAAAAUGUAGUGGCAGUAUUGGAAGCGUAGGAAUUUAACUGUUGUGAAACUCUUUGCACCAGGCCAGAGGCUGGUGUUGAGAUUUGGGGUUAGUGGCAGUAAUUAGUAGUGGCAUUCAAGAGCCAUUAGCCACUUCUUAAUGCCUAGCUUUCAGUAGAAGCAACAAGCAACUCCUUGUCCAUAUUUGGGAAAUUUAGCAGUCAGUAAACAGCAACAUCUAAUAGUAGCAAUAGGCAAGGUACUGAGAAGUGGCUAGUCGCUAUUGAGCUUGUUAAUGAGCCCAUGGAAUAGAAACAUAGAAUGUGACAGCAGAUAAGAACCAUUCGGCCCAUCUAGUCUGCCCAAUUUUCUAAAUACUUUCAUUACUCCCUAGUCUUAUCUUAUAGUUAGGAUAGCCUUAUGCCUAUCCCACGCAUGCUUAAACUCCUUUACUGUGUUAACCUCUACCACUUCAGCUGGAAGGCUAUUCCAUGCAUCCACUACCCUCUCAGUAAAGUAAUACUUCCUGAUAUUAUUUAUAGAAACAUAGAAUGUGACCACUACGAAUGACAACUACGAAAUUCCCAAAGGAAGCUAAAUAGGCUCACCAUGUUUUCUUUCUGUUUAACAGGACUGAGUAAAAGGCAAGAGGAGUUAGCACAGCCCAAACCAGUGCACACAAAGUAUAAGCUUGACAGGUAAGAUAUCUAUCACUUGAUGGGGACUUGUAGCCAAGACAAAAAUAGCUCAGUUACUAGACAUUAUAGGUACAAUGGAGUGGAAACCUAAACUUCCCAUGCCCUCUUGAUAGGUUACUAAGUGUGAAAAGACAUAUUUUUUUUUUUACAUUUGUAUAUUAGUAAAUAUUUUUAAGUGUAUUACAUACAACCAUACAUAGUCAUUUUCUUGUACAAAAUUAUGCAUUCACAAUAUUGGCUGCCAAUAACUUGGCUUCUUUCACUGGAAACAUGUAAAACCAAUUCAAGAGCUUAUAUCCAAAUAUAAAAAGCCUGACCUUCGGUGGGUCCCCACUCAGAUCUCAAGCUGGUUUUAGCUCAUAUUUUGCCAUUACAGAAAGAACAUCUCUGAAACAUAUAAGACUGUUCCUACCCAUACGGGCAGUCCAGAUCCGAAAUGCCAGCAAGUUCCCUCUGCACGAGAGAUACAGCAACCCCAGAUGAUCGUUUCAGCCUUGUUAGGCAUCAUCAGUGAGGCAUAGCUGAUAUCUCUCUAGGCACCGUGAGCAAGGGGUCCACGUCUGGAUUACCCUUUAAACUUGUGGAGAGCAAAAAAUGAGCGCAAGAGAAUUCUGAGUAGUAAUCUCUUGCUCCCUGGUUUUUUGUCAGUGACACUGACAGUCACCAUUUCAAUUGCACACAUAGUUUAAGCAACCCAUCUUUUAUCUUGGUAACUUUGCUUCAGCUUUACUUAACAUCAGUGUUUGUUUUAGUCUCACAGGCCUAAUCCCUUACCUCUUCGUGAGACACUUUGGCUCUUGUAGUAAUGCCUCUUUGCUUUCAUUUGACAACUAACAUGAUUAUGCUAAUGUGCAGCUGAGAAUGAAUGCUCUAUAUUUGAUGAAUGUACACCUUUCAAUACACAUUUAUGAUAUCUGCUGACAGCCUGUAUACCAACAAAUGAGCAAUACUGCUGUCUACCUGGUAGUCUCUAUUGUUAUUAUAAUAUUAAUCAUCUUGUUAGAUUUCAUAGCUUGUUCCUAUUCAUUGUAAUUUUACUACUACUCUUACUCUGACAUAUUUUGCAUGAGCUUGUUUACUAUUGAAAAAUUGUGCAACACUACUCCAUGUCACAAUAUUAUUUUAAGUGUGGAAUUGCCUGUUAUUGCUAUUGUGGCAUUACAAGCCAGUUUGUAAUUCUUUUGCACAACAAAAAUAAAGAAUUCCAAAAAAAUAAGUGAUUUCUGUCAAGCCCACAUCUGGUCAGUGUACAUCAGAACAUGAGUUGGCGCACACACACACAGAACUGACAGGGCAGCAUAGAGAUAUAUAGAUUUCUUGACUUCAUUACUUUAAUCACAACAAAGAUUACGUAUAUGAAUAACAGACUGCAGUAACAAUGACACAAUAAGUAUUGCUAUUCUUUUUUUCUUACAGGCCAUCUGCUAUUUGGCCAGUUAAACCAAGUUCCUUACUAGCUGUUCCCUCACCUCGCAUCGAGCAUCUGGCAGAAGCAAAGCAUGUUAACCCAGAAUGGAAGGAAGACCGGUCUGUGUACAGCAUAGUGAGUGUAGCAGUGCUCCCACUGCACAGAGCAGCUAUGUUUUUUUGUUGUUUAUUUUUUGGGGGGGGGGUUUAAAGGCAUGGGUGAAAUUAGGCCAGAUUUCCCUACAAAAAUGUGUUUGAGCUUCAUGAUAUUAUGGCAAUAUUUAUAUAUCUUUUUUGUUGUGUUUGUUGGUUUAGGAAACAUUUUGAUAACACAUUAAAACAGUUUUUGUUUAUUUAAAAUGAUCAAAGGUCUCAGAUGGAGCUAAGAAAGCAACUGCCACUAAUAGGGUACAGCAGUUGGCAACACCAAAACUGCGUGUUUCCAGUGCCCCACCAUUCAUCACAAAAAGUCCUGAUGAGGAAGAGAAUGAGAGUUUCUGUCCUAAAAGGCUUAGCGCUCCUACAGUUAGAACAGAGGCCUUAGCAGGUAAGUGUAUAUUACACUGUGGUAUUUGUGCAUAUUGCCUAGCAACCAUUAACCACCACAUAAUUUAUAUCUUGCCUCAGGAUACAGAAGUUUGUUGCCAAACACAGAAGGUUUAAGAACAAAAACGUAAUAGAUCAUAUCUCGUUGUUGACGUGUAGCUAAAAUGAGUAUUUUGAUUUUACAGCCAAAUAGAAUACACCAGAGGGUGCCAUAAAUCCAUGUGAAAUACACAUAUGAAAUGUGAAAUUAACAUAUUCUAAAAUCACACAUAACUUGUAUACCAAAUAUGGGCCCAAUAACAAUAGGUCAGGACUGCUUAAAAUGUGAAAAGACAGGUUUCAUUUUUUAUUUAAGAUGUUUUUACCCUCUUUUUUUAUAGAUAUUUUUAAAAUUUUUAUUUAAAACUUUUCCAUUUUUUAUUUAUAUUUUUCUCUUUGCUGUUUUGGAAAUAUUUUUUUACUUUUUUAUAUAUAUAUAUAUAUAUAUAUAUAUAUAUAUAUAUUUUUUUUUUUAUUGCUGUUUUUAUUUAAAACGUUUUCCCUCUUUUUUUGUUCUCUUGCUGUUUUUAAUUCCCCUUCUUGUGUGUGCUGUUGCUGAAAUAUUACCUGUGCCGCUCUACAGCAGAAAGGCAGCUGGAGAUUAUAGAGGUGAAUGCGUACAUUUAUAUAUUUGUAUAAAUUUGGAAUUUUGGGCACCUCUUCUAAAGAAGGAUGGCAAUAGAAAAAGUGCAGAGACAAGCUACAAAAUUGAUAAAAGGAAUGGAGCAUUUUAGUUAUGAAGAAAGGUUAAACAAAUUAAAAUCUUUUUAGUUUAGAAAAACGGUGCCUCGGAGGUGAUAUGAUUACAUUAUGAUUCAUAGUUUCAUAGUUACAUAGCUGAAAAGAGACUUGCAUCGAUCAAGUUCAGCCUUCCUUACAUAUGUUUUUGCUGUUGAGCCAAAAAAAAGCAAAAAUCCCAGUCUGAAGUGCUUCUAAUUUUGCAACAAACUAGGAAAAAUUCCUUCUUGAACCCACAAUGGCAGUCAGAUAUCUCCAUGGAUCAAGCAGCUAUUACCCCACUAAUUAGAAAUGAUAUCCCUGUAUGUUGUGUUUUUGCUGUUUAAACAUCUGUAUGGACUCUAAUAAAACCACAUCUUCAGGCAGAGAAUUGCACAUCCUUAUAGUUCUUACUGUAAAAAAAAAAAAACUUUUCUUUUCCUUAGAUGAAAUCUCCUUUCUUCCAGCCUACAUGCGUAAUGGUUUGUACUGGCCUUGAAUAUAUUUGUAUAAUGUUAUCAUAUCCCCUCUGAGGUGCCGUUUUUCCAAACUAAAGAGAUUUACAUUUUUUAACCUUUCUAACUAAAUUACUCCAUUCCUUUUAUCAAAUUUUGUAGUUCUUCUCUGCACUUUUUCUAGUGCCAUGAUAUCCUUCUUUAAAACAGGUGCCCAAAAUUGCAAAAUUAUACAAAUGUAUUCGGGGCCAGUACAAACCAUUAUCUGGAAAUCCAAGGAGAUAUCUGAAUGCCAUUUUAGGGUCAAAAAGGAAUGUUUUCCUAGUUUUUUGCAAAAUUGGAAGCGCUUCAGACUGGGUUUUUUUGCCUUCUUUUGGAUUGGCAGCGGAGGCAUAUGUGGGGAGGGCUGAACUUGGUGGACGCAGGUCUCUUGUCAGCCAUGUAACUACGUAGGACAUGCUAAAGAAAAAUUUCAUGGCCCAAUAGGUGUAUUACAGUAGUGCAAAUAAAACACAAAUAAGAACCCUAUAUUCCACUCUAUAAAGAAACUGUAUAUAAAAGGAAAUGUGAAAAAAAUACCUUGCAUCAAAGGGACAAUAGUCCCACCAAACUGUCUGCUUUACGGACACACUACGCGGCUACAAGGACCUCAGGAUCUCCCUUAGCAGGUAGAAGUCCGGUAAGGGAUUAGGCGGUCAUCAGUAAGAUGUGAAACAGGAAUAGUUGGAAUAAUUGAUCAGACUUCAUCAGAGGAUGGAUUCCUCACUAUCGCGUCUUCCUUAAAUGUAUUAUUUAAGAUCAUGUAAUGAUGCGAGUCGUGACCUCACCUUUUUAUAAUUUUUAUAUCCUGGUUGACGUACUGGACUCCUGAAACCAAGCCUUGGUAAAAUUUGAGGUAUGCUUGGGAUCAUUGCCUUAUUGGAAGGUCCAAUGAUGCCCAAAUGUCAGCUUCCACACUGACGGCAUACUGUUUUCUCCCAGGAUUUCCUGAUCCUUCAAUGAAUCCAUCUUGCCUUCCACAUGUGGGGAUAUUUAUGGGAUAAUAGUAAACAGUGAGAAUUGCCCACUAAUUCAAUUCUCAGAUCCCAAAGAUCGUUAUCGUGUUAAGUGAAAAGUAUUUCAUAUAAAUAAAAUCACAAUGUUAUAAAAAUAGAUUUUAUUUUAUAAUAACAAAUUAAUUAAUUAUAAUAUGUAACAUGCGUGACAAUAAUCAAUUAGUAUUUAGGACAACAUAGUAUACAAUGCAAUACAAUGGGUAUACACGUUUCAAUGGCUAAACAGCAUUUUCUGUCAAGACUUACACGAUUUAUGAGGUAUCCUUACAGACAUAGAAAGCAAAGCUUUUCACAGCGAAGGGCCAUAAAACCCUGGCUAACAGUUAGAUCAACUGAAUAACCCUUUCAAUGCUGGCUAGAUCUCCUAGGUAAUUAAGAUCUAUUCUUAUGUAAUUUUAAAUAAAAUAACAUUUAAACCAGUUCAUUAGUCAUUUCCUGGAACCAUCCAAUAAGAGAAUCUACCAUGUUAUAUAAGCAGAAUUUAAUUUGUCUAAAAGAUAUCUUAUCUUAUUUUAGAGCAAAUCAAUACACCUGGAUAAAAACAGCGGUAUGCCAACACGUGAUAUAUCACAUUAAUAUAUAAUUAUUCUUAAUUCCAUCUGCAGAAUGGAAUGUUUAUAUAUUCUUUAGUUAACUAAGAUUUCUAAAUAUGGAAAUCUGACCGUGCUUUAUCCAGUCAUAUAUCAUGCUAUUAGUACAUUUUAAUUAAUGUAAUUAAUUAAAUGAAACCAGUAUAAUUACCAGUUGAGUAGAUAUUUCAUCCGAUUGGUAGAUAGUCUCAGGAACUUAUUUGGAUGUCUGUAGGUGCAUGAGUUAUGGUGAAAGGUGGUGUUGGUUAGAAAGUCAGUUAAAAUUCUAAGUGUUAGAGUUUUAAGAGUAGAGUGUUAGUCUCAGAUGUUGUCCUGGGUUUCUCUGCAUGUCCGAGUUGGAGUCCCCAAACUUCCAAUUCUUCUCCUCUUUGUCUUAACUUUUAAAGGGCCAGACUCUCUGUACGUCAUUAGUUGAUAACCCAAUAGAAACACUAGAGGUGUGCUUAUCUAGGGAUCGCAAUUUAGGUAUUUGAUCUAUAGAGGGCAGUCUUGUCCCACUAAACAUACCUAUCCAGGAAAGAGUUAACUUUUCCUGGUGGCUAUUUUGACUUAUUUUGGCUUAUCUAUAUAUUUGCCAUAACUUACUUUUUCUUUCACUUCAAAGGGUUUUUUCUUAGUUUUGUCCAGACUUAGUGUCCGCAAUUCCUGCUCUAAUUUUUAAUAUGGCAGUUCAUGAACUAAGUUUCACCUUAAACUUACAAUGGGAUCUUGUACAUAUAGAAAGUAAAAUGUUAUUAUUUAAUCUCCUCUGUCACAAAUGUCUGUGUUUAGAUAUGCAUCUAUUCCAUUAACAUUUUAGACAGUCUGUCCAACCCCCGUUCUCCUUAUCACUUAGUUUGUAUAUACUAUGCAUUCCUUCAGCUCUGGGAAAGUGGUUAGUUUUACAGAUAGAAAUCUUGUGUCUUUUGUAUGCUUGAAAAUAACAAAAUGGAGUCUGCUCUGUUUAGAGUGACUUAGCAUAUACACUUUUAAUUUCUAUCAUAGCACAAGAUGUCUGCCGAUAUAAAUACCCUUGGGCCAAAAAGUUCCAGUAUUUUUCAUCACUCCACAGAACAGAUUUCCCACAUUUCUGGGGCUUAUUAAUAUAAUUUUGAGCAUAUUUAAGCCGGUUUUCUUGUGCUCUUGGGUCAGUAGUGUGUAAGUCUUGGAGUUCUGGCAUGGAAACCUUCUGCGUCUAGUACGCACCUUACUCUGCUCCCCGAAACCUCAGUGCCUGUUGCUACAGGUCUUUUGCAGUCACUCCAAGGUUUUUCACAACCUGCCUUCUAAGACAUCUGGUUGCAGCCAUUGAUCUCUCGAGACUUGUCUGUCAGAACACUCUGAUUGGUUGGUUUUCUAGCCAACCAGAGUGCUCUUGGUCAUAUUGCAAAGCAUGGGAAAUUUUCCUACUCUUUGCGAUACCUGUCAUAGCGUGAGAAGCCUAUAAAAGGGCUUUCUCCACUAAGAGUGCUCAUUCUGCGAUGAACACUCCAUUGGUGAAGAUUCAUUUUUAUUUUUUUCUUGUGCGGUUUUUAUUUAUUAUUUAUUUUUUCAGGCCAUUUUUUUUUUUAAAUUAGUGGUGUCAGGAAUUAUGGAUUUUUAUUUGUAUAAUAUUUUUUGCAGACUUUACAUUUUUUUUUUUAUCCCCUCCUCACUAUGAUUAUUAUUAUUAUUGCGAUUUAUAUAGUGCCAACAGAUUCCAUAGCGGUUUACAAUAUUAUUAGAGGGGGGAUUUGACUAUAAAUAGGACAAUUACAAGAAAACUUAGAGAAACGAAGAGGGCCCUGCUCAAACGAGCUUACAGUCUAUAGGAGGUGGGGUAUAAAACACAUUAGGACAGGGAAUAGAAGUCAAAUUAGGUGGGAGUGGAGCAGAGCUGGAGGAGAGAGUAGAGUGCUGCCCUUUAGGAGAGAGCAAGAGGCAGGUAUGUGAGGUAGAGGUUAGUCUGGGAGGCCAUAGGCUUUCCUAAAGAAAUUAGUUUUGAAGACUAGGGGAGAAUCUGAUGGUGGUAGGCAGGCUAUUCCAUAGGACAGGAGCCGCCCGCGAAAAGUCCUGCGAGUGCGAGUUGGCCGUACGGGUACGAGCAGCGGACAGAAGUGGUCAUGGGCAGAGCGGAGAGACUGAGAAGGGGCAUACCUAUGGAUCUGUGAGGAGAUAUAAGAGGGGCUAAGAUUAUUCAGUGCUUUAUAGGUAUGGGUUAGCACUUUGAAUUGGCUCCUAUAGUAUACAGGAAGCCAAUGUAAGGACUGACAGAGGGGUGAGGUGUGAGAGGACCGACUAAAGAGGAAAAUCAGUCUGGCGGCAGCAUUCAUUACAGACUAUAGCGGGGCAAUACGGCUAUUGGGAAAACCAAUUAGGAGAGCGUUACAGUAGUCCAUGCUAGAGAUUACUAGAGCAUGGACAAGCUCUUUAGUAGCAUCUUGUGUAAGAAAGGGGUGGAUGCGGGCGAUGUUUUUGAGGUGGAAUUGGCAUGAUUUGACAACAGACCGGAUGUGAGGCUCAAAGGUGAGGCCAGAAUCAAAAGUAACACCAAGACAACGUUCUUGUAAGGAUGGGCUGUUAUGGGUACCACCAAUCUGAAGGGAGAGCGAGAGAGGAGGAUUAAUAUUAGGAGGAGGAAAAUCUAAUUUUUUUUGUUUAAUACCUUGGUGAACCAGAAAAUUCAAAUAGGGUUUAUACAGGAAACUCACUGGUUAGCGGAAGCUAGAAAAUUAUGGUUCUUUAAAAAAUACCCGGUGAUUUACUCCGCUUCUUUAAAAGGAAAAAAGAAAUGUGGUGUAUCUAUAAUUUUCUCUAGAGAAAUUAUUUUUGAUUGUAGUUAUAACUAUUUAGAUCCGGAAGGGAGAUUUAUUAUUUUGGUGGGUCAAUUGAACGGGCUGGAUUAUACUUUGGUUAACGUUUACCUUCCCAAUCAAGAUCCUAUUAAAACUCUGACGAAAAUCUUAGGGCUGGUGGAUCAGGUUAAAAAAGGGAGAAUUAUCUUUGCAGGCGACUUUAAUUGUAUUUUUGAUACUUUUUGGGAUAAACAAUUGGCUAAAAACCAGAAGAUAGAUAAAUCUCUCAAAAGGCAAGCGGCAUCGCUAAGUAGAGUGAUCAAGAAAGCGGAAUUGUUCGAUUGUGGGAGACUGUUCCAUCCUAAUGAAAUAAAUUUUACGCACAGAUCUAUUCCCCAUAAUUCGGCUGCUCGGAUAGAUAUGAUACUGGGUAAUUUAAAUUCAGUUCAGGCAAUCUCCUCAAUUGUUAUCAUUGAAAACACGUGGUCAGAUCAUGACAUGGUAAUUGCAGAUCUGAUGGAAAAUAACAAGCGAUCCCCUCAGAUUUGGAAAUUGGCAGAUUAUCUGCUAAAAAAUAAAGAAAAUAUAGUACACAUAGAGAAGACAAUCGAUUUUUUUAUUAAGGAGAACCUAUCUGAGGAGGUAUCUAAAGAAUGUCUAUGGUCCGCGUGCAAAGCAGUCAUAAGGGGACACUGGAUAAAACUCAAGUUUUCAAAAAAGAAAUGUAGAUAAAACUUUGUCGGAUCUUUAUAUCCAAUUUUAUAAUCUCUCUAAAGCUAAUAAACAAGUUUAUUCUGAGGAUAGAGCUUUAGUAAUUAAAUCCUAUCAGGAAAAGAUAAAUGAACAGAUUAAAAACAGGGUGGAACGGAACUUAAACAAGUUAAAUAUUAAAUAUUAUUAUAAGAAUAACCGGGUAGACUCAGUCCUUACAAAUAAAUUAAAGAAAAAGAUGAUAGAUCAUAAGAUAUCUAAGCUAAGAGAAGGGAAUGAUUAUUUUUAUAAACCUGAAGAAAUUGCAAGUAGAUUUAGAGGGUUUUAUCAAAAACUUUAUAAUUUGAAUAAAUUUCCUGAUCAAGAUGUGCUGGACAGCUAUUUGAAAAACUCCUAAUCUGUUCAAAUUAUCUAAUGACCAGAAGGUGAAAAUUAACAGAAAUAUAUCUUCUCAUGAAGUGGAAUUGGCAAUAGAUAAACUUGCUAAUAGUAAAGCUCCUGGACCAGACGGGUAUACAAAUUUGUUUUUUAAAGUUUUUAAGAGACAAUUAACCCCGUUGUUAACUGAUACCUUUAAUGAAUUGGCAAAUAAAGGGAAUGCUUCUCAAGAUCUAUUAAGGGCCCAUAUCACUCCAAUUUUGAAACAGGGUAAAACCCCAGAUGAUGUGAGUAAUUAUCGUCCUAUCUCCCUGGUUAAUGUGGAUAUGAAACUUUACGCCGCAAUUUUAGCAGAACGGCUGAAAAUAGUUAUGCCAUCACUCAUACACAGGGAUCAGAUAGGUUUUAUGCAGGGAAGACAUUCCUCUAGUAACACCCGUAGGGUUCUAGAUAUUAUAGAAUGGGCUCAAGCCGAGGGAACACCCCUUCUGACCCUGUCGGUGGAUGCAGAAAAGGCCUUCGACAGGGUCGGAUGGGGAUAUUUGAAUAAAACUUUGAUACAAUUUGGUUUUGACGGAUGGUUUCUGAGUGCGGUGGGAGCUAUAUACUCAAACCCUUCCGCUCGAAUAGUAGCCCGCGAUUUAUGUUCUGAUUGGUUCAAUAUUAAAAAUGGGACGAGACAGGGGUGUCCCCUUUCACCUUUAUUAUAUAUCUUGUCAAUAGAACCACUAGCAAAUAAUAUUAGACAAAAUCCUGGGAUUAAAGGUAUAGGAACUCAAUCCGAUGAAUGGAAGAUAUGUCUAUAUGCUGACGAUAUUUUGAUCUCCAUUACGGAUUCUCUGGUUUCUCUUCCGCACUUAAUGCAAGAAUUUAAUAAUUAUAGCAGUGUUUCAAAUUAUAAAUUGAACACGAAUAAAACUAUAGCCAUGUCAAUUAAUCUAUUCUCCCUAAAGAGAGACUUUGAUUUUAAUUGGACAAAAAAAGAGUUUAUAUACUUGGGGGUAAUUAUAACGGCAGAGAUAAGCCGGACUAUGGAAACCAAUUUUUUGAAGUUGUUAAAAGAGACCAAUAGGUUAUUGAAGGAAUGGAGAGUGCAUGAAAUUUCCUGGUUGGGUAGGAUUAAUACCAUUAAAGCUUAUAUAAUACCUAAAUGGGCAUACUUAUUUAGUAUGCUCCCUCUUUCGAUUUCGAGCUACUGGCUGAAUAUGUUGCAAACUAGUAUUACAGCGUAUGUCUGGAGAGGGAAGAGACCAAGGAUCAGUACGUAUCAUUUAUCAAGGAAGGCCUUUCAGGGGGGGUUGGGCUACCCCCUUGUUAAUCAAAUUUAUCAGGCUAAUAUAUUAGUUCAUGCCAGCAAAUUACAGCUAACCGAUUCUAGAGACCAAGCCUGGUAUAAAAUUGAAGCUGCUAGACUUGGUCUAGACAAUCUUGAAUUUCUCUUAUGGAGAGAGGCAAGUCAGAACAGGCAUUUGUGUGAGAUGGGUUCUGACUGUCCUUUGUCCUUAUUUCAGACAUUAAAAGAAUGGACGAUCUUAAAGAGGAAGAUGAAUAUUAAUAGAAAAAUAUGAGAAUCUGAGUUUGAAAUCGUUGGAAAGUUUCAUGCUAGAGAUAAAUCUGACAAAUUGGUAUAAAAACUUUGAUUAUAAGAUAAAAGAUCUCUACUUGGACCACCAAUUGAAAAGUUUUGAGGUUCUGAAGAAUUGGUUGGAUUUACCCCCUAGAGAACUAUUUAAUUUCCUCCGCAUUAAGAGCUAUUUGAAAGAUAAUAUAUUGGCCCUAGAUUCCGACUUGGAAUAAUGUUUAGGAAAAGUUUUUCAGGGGAUCCUGUUAAAAGGGUUUAUUCUAUUGCAGUUGAAUUAAUAAAGAUGAUAGGGUCCUCUCUUAUUCCUAAAGCUUUAACUAAAUGGGAAACCGAUCUAUCAAUUUCUAUUCCAUUUGAUAGUUGGUGUAAAUCUUUUGUAAGGACUAAAAAAAUUAUCCAUUGUUUGAAUAUUUUAGAGACCUUUUUGAAGGUGCAUUUUAGAUGGUAUUUGGUCCCUAUUAGACUUGCUAAAAUCUCUAUUACUAACACAUCAAACUGUUGGCGAUGUUUUCAUCCAGAUGGUUCAAUGGUUCAUAUAUGGUGGUCAUGCCAUCGAAUUAAAUCUCUCUGGAUGAUUGCAUAUGAAUUUAUAAAUAGAUUGGGAGGUUCUUAUUUGGAAUUUAAACCGGAAAUCGCUCUACUCCAUCUUUUGGGCUCAGAAAUUUUGACUUUGUGAUUACACACUGCUUAAUGGCUACUAAAGUAUUAAUUGCUAGAUUUUGGAAAAGUACUGACAUCCCUACGAGAGAUCAAGUUAAAGUACAACUUUUAUUCCAAGUUGAGAUGGAAAAGGGAUUACUGUCCAUGAGAGAAUACUCUAAUACCAAGGCUUUGUCGUUUUAUUCUAGUCUUGUCCAUAAUGUUAAGAGGCUUUAAGGUAUAUGACUUCGUGGGGUUUUGUGUAUGAUUUCCCUACGGUUGGUAUGUUGUCUCCAUUGGGGGCUCCUCUACUAGUCUCCUUGGCCUUGAAUUGCGUUCUUCUCCAACACAUAUGACCAGUUUUUGUCUGUGUUUCUGUCUAUGUUUAAAUAUAUUUCUAAUGGGAAUGUAUAAGCCGCGUGUGGUUUACCUCACACAGCCGACGAGAUGUUAAUGUUUUCAGACUGUUUUUAGAUUGUGCCUCAGACGGCUUUUUGAUGAAAUUUGACAUAGAAUUUUGUAUUUAUGUUUGUUUUAUGUGGAUCGGAAUCCUUAUUUCUUCUUUCUGUAAGGUUCCCUCCUUUGUGUGAUGUCUUGGUGUAUUAAUAUUCUUGCGAAAAAUAAAAAAGGAAUGCAAGAAAAAAAAAAAUAUAUUAGGAGGAGGAAAGACAAGAAGUUCUGUUUUGGAAAGAUUCAGUUUCAGAAAGCGGGAGGACAAUCAGAGAUAGAAGAAAGGCAAGAGGUGACACGUUGCAGGACAUCAGGGGAGAGGUCCGGGGAAGAGAGAUAUAUCUGGGUGUCAUCAGCGUACAGGUGGUAAAAGAGGUUAUAAGCUUGCCAAGAGAGGCAGUGUAAAGAGAAAAUAGAAGGGGACCAAGGACAGAGCCCUGAGGGACUCCAACUGAGACAGGACGAACGGUGGAGGUAUCAUUAGAAAAGGAGACGCUGAAUGAGCGUUGGGAGAGAUAGGAGGAAAACCAUGAGAGGACAGAGUCACAGAGACCGAGUGAUUGAAGAGUUUGGUGAAGGAGAACAUGAACAACAGUGUCAAAAGCAGCGGAGAGGUCAAGAAGAAUUAGUAUGGAGUAGUGACCUUUGGAUUUAGCUGUGAUAAGGUCAUUAGUGACAUUGAUAAGGGCAGUCUCAGUAGAGUGGAGGGGGCGGAAGCCAGACUGAAGAGGGUCGAGGAGAGAGUAGGAGUUGAGGAAGCAGGCCAGACGGGUGAAGACUAGUCUUUCAAGAAGCUUUGAGGAAAAGGGGAGCAGAGAUAUAGGACGAUAGUAAGAGGGGGAGGAUGGGUCGAGACAUUUUUUUUUUUUUUUUAAGAUGGGUACUACAGUAGCAUGUUUCAGGACAGCAGGAACAGUGCCAGAAGAAAGAGAGCAGUUGAAGAUGUGUGUUAAGGAGGGCACAAGACAAGAAGAGAGAGAUCUAAUAAGGUGAGACAGGACAGGAUCAAGCAGGCAAGUGGUGGGGCGAGAGGAAAGGAUAAGUGCAGCCACCUCUUGUUCAGUAGCCUGGGAGAAGGUCGGAAGGGUUGGAGAGGAAUGAUCCAGGGGAGGUUGAAAAGGUGAGGGGCAAGGUGGUGAGAAUUCUUUCCUUAUUAGGGUGGUAGGAACUUUAUCUAGCGAAUGGAUGGGGAAUGGGGACCCCUAGCCACCGGAAAGGUGAGUUAGGUAAUGGCAUGUCCACCCCCCUACAAUUUAUAAUUAAUAAGGGCCCCCACUCGCGUGAGAGGAAGGGACACUACACCCUCCCCUCAUUUUAUGCAUAUUAGGAACCUCACCCGCAAGCAUAGGUGGAAGCCAGGGGAAGGUAAACAAGGUCCCCCUUAUUAUAAGUAUUAGGGGCCCCAGCCCUAGAGGACGCUUGGUCUCCCCCAUUUUAGAAAUAUGAGGAUAAAUAACCAUCGGCUCGGAGAGGGGACACUCGGUCCCCUCUUAUUAUAAAUAUUAGGGCGUCGACCUGCCAUCAUGGGUGGGGGCCAGUGGAUGGGACACUAAAGAAUCCCCACCCAGUGUCACCCUCGGUUUUUCACAGGCCCCAUUUCUAGCCACUAGUUUUAAAUCUUUAGCAGACAUGCCUCUACCUUUUUAUUAAUUUUUUUUAAAUCUGGGCUCAAAGUUGAAUUCUCUGUGCCUGGAUUUGCCACAUUCGGCUUGUAUGUCAGCCGUCUGAAUUACAAAACCCGGACAUUGAUGAAUUCCUUAAACAACGUCUGGAUUUUACAGUCUGAAUGGCCCUGUAUGCAGCUCGAUAAUUUGCCACAUUUGGUUUGGGGCCAUUCGUAUUUUAGUGGAUAGUGGAAUUAAAUAGUGCGACUGCAGGGGCAUGAACUAUACCAAAACUGCUUAAUUGAGCUAAAGUUGAUUUGAUGCCUAUAGGGUCCUUUUACGGUGAUAUUGCUAUCCAAAACGUCCCGCUGAGAGCUGGAGCCUUGGUUGCCUUAUGGGUAAUCCGGCUCUGGGGCUAGUAGUUCCACAAUAUGUUGUGGGUAACAGUCUGACAACCCUGCACUAGGUGUCUUUCUUUUUUAGAUUUUUCAGACCAAUAAAAGACAUUUUAUUGUUGUUUGUUUAUAGGGUUUAUUAUAUGUGAGCAAUGUAUAUUAUUACUUCUCAAUUUUGGUUGGUUCUUUGUAUUUAUUAAUUUCACUUUUUACUACAGAUGUAUGCACCAAUAGGAUAAAGAAUGAAAUAAAAAACUAAUAAUCCUAAACACAAUUAUGUCUGCUUUACUUCUUAGUGCCAAAGGCAGAGUAUCCAGGGUUUCAGCAUGACUUGCCCGUAGAAAGGAAGGUUCCUGCACCUGUUCUUCAUGCCCAGGCAUCAGAUCGUGUAUGUCAGCUUGCUAAACAUAAAAUUCGCAAGUCUUUUAAUGAAGGAUAUGACCCAUACAAGAUAUCAUCUGCUGCUAAAAAUGUGCAAGCCUCACCUCGCUUAGUAGAGCUCAGCACACCACCUGCCCGCCGACAGCACACCAAAAAACUCUAGAAUUCCUUAUUUAAUGUCAUAUUUAAACAUUAAAAAAAAAAAAAAA